AGCUUUCCGUCCCAACUGCCUGGCUGGCUGGCUGUGUGUGUACCUAUAGCCCCCCGCUCCCUGGCUCUCACAUCCUCAGAGCACGCACACACACACACACACACACGCUCUCCCUCGCAUCAACACACACGCAGAGCCGAUCAGUGCAGGCUGCGCAGAGCCUGGUAAUUGUAUUGCUCUUACCAAGCGGAAGGAAGGACCAAGAGAGAGGAAGAGCGGAGGAAGAAGAAGAGGAGGAGAGAGAGGAGAGAUAUAAAAACUUUGAUUUUUUGAAUUUUUUUUCUUUUUUCCUGGAGGUGGUUGACAUGACAAUGACCCGGUAUCGCCGAUGGAUUCGGUAGGACACCCAUUAUCCGAGUGUUUUUUAAUGCACUCCGAACAAGAGUAGGUAAAUUUUACCUUUUUUCUCUUUAUCUUUUUGAUUCAUCACUCAACUUGUCAUUCGUUGUCAUUGACCAUUCGUCAGUGUGAGAGCGUGUCUGUCUGUGUGAGUGAGUGUGUUCAAGUGUCUGUGUCUCUGUGUGAUGGUAUGCAGCCGAGGUGGCCGGCACCAUGUCAAGGUUGUUUCUGCUGUCAGGUAGCACUCGUUCACUGUCUGCGUGUGUGUGUGUGUGUGUGUGUGUAAGUCCUUGUGUGUGUCUGUGCAUGUGUGUGUGUGUGUGGCUGCAGUAUCCGGACAGCAGCUCUUACUCAGUGGGUAGAUAAGCAGAAUUUCUGUCCCCCCCACCUGAGAGAUACACACAGCCACACCUGCACACACCCACAUGCACAUACACUUCACUUACUAACACACACAAACACACUAAUCUGAUCGAGCUCACACUCGAAGACUCACUUUCUCCUUCACUUUCUCAUGUUUGAAAGUCUGUCUUUUACUUUCACUCAAAUUCUUCCCAGGACAAAACAACAACUCGUUCGGAGAGAGUCUAUGCGUGUGUAUGUCUCUGUGUGUGUUUAUGCCUGUGCACGUGAGUUUUUUUAUGUGUGUGUUCAUCCAAGCAGAGAAUCAGCGAGGUAACAGGGCAUUGAGGUUACAGGAAUAACGCGGAGAGACGGGAGGAGAAGGGCCCAUAAGAGAGGAGAGGGAGGAGGAAAGGGGGAGAGCUGCACUCUUAAAUGCCAGAGGAGGUAGAAUUUCAGACGGGCAGCUCAGCGUGUGGCCCCGCACAGGAAUUAGAGACACUUACACACACACACACACACACAGACACACACACAAACAAGCGGGUGCCGCUGAGCUGCUCCUUUCGCCAGCGCUUUGCUCUUUUAGGUGCAUGUUGAAGAAGUCGCUCAAAAUGCAGAUGAACUGAUUGGUAGAACGGACAGAAGUGUGUGUGUGUUUUUAUGUACACACCAAACAAGGUGUGUUUUAUAAAACACACAAAACAGCCAACAAGUCACAGUAGAAAGAGUACAAAAUAUACUAAAGCACACAUGUUGACCUUUUUAAAAUCGUAGAGUUAAUUGUGAAUUUUAAGGUGAUGAGAGAGAUGAAGGUGGUGAACUGCACCGAAAUGCACGUCGAGAUGAAUUCAACAACGACACUGGUGCUGUCAGAACUGCACUGUUUCGAUAAGUGUCGUGAUUUUUAUAAAAAUCUAAAUGCUCAGGAAAAAAUCUCGGCUAGUUUAUUUCCAAAUUUAAAUCACAAACACUAAAUAAGUUAUACAAAUCACUGCCUCAGUCCAAGUGUCUUACAUGUAGAAAACAGGAAAAAUCAAGUCAAGGCCAGUGCAGAGUGUUUCUGAUGUGUUUCACUAAUACGACAGAAAAAGAUAUUUCCUAAAGAAAUGUGUUGUUUAAAGAAGUCUCAUCUUUAUGUGUGUGUCUGUGUUUGUAUGUUUUCACAUACAUUCUCUCCUGCCUUCUACGUGCUCUACAGAAAAGCACCUUUUUUAAUAACAGUAAAAAGUUGUACUGCUGCUGUUUUAAUCUGAACUCUUUAUUUAAUCAUUAUUUUAGAAACUGUUUAGUUUUUUGUUUCAUUUGAUUAGAUUUGCUUUGAAAUCUGGGAGUGUGUAGAGUCACACCCUUGCAAAAUUUACUGGACAGAAAUGUCCAAAAACAACUCCUUCAGGGGUUUUUACGGACUAUAUUUUUAAGUUCGUUUUUUGAUGUGAACAAAAGAAAAUGAACUGAGUUUUUACACUGAGUGUGUUGUGUCCGUUUGUAAGUGACCGAGCCAAGUCCGAAUUCACAUCAUCCUCCACUAAACCCUGGUCACUUUCACCGAAACAUUGUGCUUCUACCUUCAGCUGAACGCUGAGUGGUUUUUUAGUGACACCGACAAUUUAGGAUUUAAAAGAGUGAAGAUUACAUUUUCACAACACAGGAAAAAAAAGACUUUUUAACCUUUUUAACCGGUUUGGAUCCUUUCAGGGUGAAGAUGUGGGAAGCAUGAGAACUGUGUUUAAUUUUGAACAAAUUCUUAAAAACACUUUAAGGUUUUCGACACAGAGGAAAAAAAGUGGAACGCUCUCCUUUCCAUGUGUGUUUCUGCAUGUGCAUGUAAACUGGGACAGCUAUGCCAGAUUUCAGAAAACCCUCUUGUCCAUUUUGCAUCCGUCUGGCCCCUCUUCAUCCAUCCAUCCCUCCAUCCAUCCACUGCUCAGUUUUCUCUUCUCAGGCUUUCCCUUCUUUGCUUUCAGGCAGGUUUCCUACAUUAAUUAAAAUAUUAUGGAUAAUGAUGACCAUACUGAUAAUGAUAAUCAUAAUAAUAAUAAUAAUAAUAACAGCAAGUACCGCUUAAGCUGUUAACAUGAUUGCAUUCCCCUCAUGCCACCAUAUACAUACCAUUUGCAUAUGAUUAAGAAAUAUUUCCAACAGUGACUUUAGUGAAUUUUGAGCUUUUUGUCAGUGGGUGUGAAGAUGACGUGUGGUGAGAAUAACUGCGGCCGCUCAGGUCAUGCAGAGUGUUUCAGAGACCAAGAGAAACACAGAAGCAUAUGUGAUCGCAGUUCAAAUUAUUUCAACCCUGAUUUUUGUUGAACUGAGGUGUAAUGAUUCAUUUCUGUGACAUAAAAAUGUUGUGUAAAAAAAUGCUGUGGUUAGGGUAAAAAUCCAGAAGCCUUAAAAGUCAGACUGAAAAUCAGUUUUUGUUUAUGUUCUGAACGAAUUUCACACUGCAUUAGAAAUUUCAAUAUAAAAUGAUUAAAAUGAUAAAGUUACUGAGAUCAUCCUUUUCCAUUUUAAGAUAUUUAAUGUUUGUUCAGCUGCACGAAAACAGUACAAAUUUUCUUCUUUGUCAGUUGUUGUGCUGCAUUUUGUUGUUUCAAGGCAUCAGUGAAAGCGGUAACAAGAGAUAAAUGAAUUUGUUUCACUAGAUUUCUGGAGCAAUGCUUUGACCUUUAAGAUUAAAUCAUGAUUUUUUUCCAUGUUUUUCCUGAAGCUUUUAUGUAAAAUGUACAUUAACUUAAAAAAAAAACUGAAAUCAUCAAAGCUCGAGGCCAAACACCUCCACUGUUGGCUCAGGAUAUCUGUUUUGUGUCAUCACAAUUUUAAACUGAAUCCUCGAAAACACAGCUUUGUAAAAAUAUAGUUGCUUAAAAAAGAAAAAGAAAAAGAUCUGAAUUUAAAAACUGCGGAGAGGAACUUUUAUGUCAUGAAAGAGGCGGAAAAUGUGGUUUCCAUCUUUGAAAUGUACAAAUCCUUAUUCUAUUUCUCUCUGCUUUAUAUUUUAUCCGUCUCUCAUGCGCUCUUAAACUCAGGCCAAGAGAGACGGAGGCAGUGAGGAGAGAGAGAGAGGGCGGUGAGAGAGAGAGAGAGAGAGAGAGAAAGAGGGAGAGAGAGGCAAAGCUGAGUGGAGGGAGGGAUGCGGGGGCACCAAAGAGAGAUUGCGUAAAUUAAAAUCCUUUUAAUCUCCUUAUAAAAUCAUUUACUUAAUUCAUCUGUCAAAGCAUGUCAAUAUGUGCAGCACUGAUUUGUUGGCUGUGUGUGUUUGUGUGUGUGUGUGUGUGUGUGUGUGUGUGUGUGUGUGUGUGUGUGUGUGUGUGUGUGUGUGUGUGUGUGUGUGUGUGUGUGUGUGUGUGUGUGUGUGCAUUUGCAUCUGUUUGUCGUCAUGCAGCAGUUCAAGCUUGCCUGCCCACGAUCGGUGUGUGAGUGUGUGACCUAUUGGUGGCCCGUAUGAGGAGGUGCUGCUCUUCCUCUUUCUGUGUAUCUGUUUUCCUCUCUGUCCAUCUUUACGGCAUCUUCUCCAUCACUCCUUUAUGCAACGUCCGAGCGACACACAGGCGUGCUCACACACAUUCAUGCAUACGUGGCCUCUUUCUCACGUGAAGGGUUUGGGCAUUCCAGCGGUAAUUUGGUCCCAUAAAGAGAGAGAGAGAGAGAGAGAUGCAAUGAGAGGGACAGACAGAGAGUGAGAGAGGUGAGGGGAGGGGAGGGGGAUGAGAUGAGGGGGUUUGCUUUUGUCUGACACCAGCACUUAGGGGUCCGCUGGACACACAUGUACGCAUGAGCGCACACAUGCCUGCGUGACAAAUGUGCACGCAAACGCACUUCAACGUAUUUGGGGGGGGCAUCUACAGCUUUAAAGCAAACAAAGUGUGUUAAAAAAAAUACACUCACACAUUAAUACACUGACAUGUAGAGGUAUCAGAAGACACACACUCACACAGACACAUUUAGUCGGCCUUGAGGAUGUGAAUUCCUCUGAUUGAUGCUCAGUCUGUCAGUGUUGUGCACGCUCAUGUGCAUCAUGGGUCCACUCCGGUCUUUAUGUGUUGAAAAGCAGGAAGAGGGACUGUCCCAGGACUGACACAUGCACACACACACACACACACAUGCAUAUAUGCUGCAAUUAGCAGUUCUACCACACCAGGCGGGGGGAGCUUAUCGUGUUUGUGUGUGUGCGCGCGUGUGAUUGAAUACCAAAGCUCUGCCUAAAAGAGAAGAGUGUUGUAUAGUCAGUUACUCAUCUCUUUACGUCUCCUCUCUUUCCCUCUUUCCGUCUUACUCGCUGCUCAUCCCUCACAAACCAUCUUCCAUACGUCAAAAUGUGCGUUCAUUUAUCAUUACCAGUAUCAAAAUCUAUCAGAUCAUCCACACCUCGAUGGAGAAUCACUCUUUUUUUUUUACACUCAUACAGUCUUGUCUGUCUCAUUCUUGCCCUUUUCUCGCUCAUUUUUAAUGCAGGAAAAUAAAAUACGAGGUUUUUCUCACUGUGUGGAUCUCAGUGUCAAACUGGCGUGAUUUCUUUUCCUUCUGCAGAAUUUUCGCAGCUUGUUUUACAAGUUUGUCACCUUGAUUUUGUUUCAAGAUACCGGCGACACAUUUUUAAAAAAAAUUUUAUCGGCUUUAGCAGAUUUUAGUUCAACGUUACAAAGGUGUUGCUCCAGCUCUUCAUUAGGUGUACCAGUGGGGCUUGUGUAUGCAUACGUGUGUGUUGGGGCAUCCGUGUGUGUGUGUGUGUGUGUGUGAGUGUGUGUGCUCAUCGUGUCGUGCUCAGGGCUUCCAAAGCUGCCUCUCACCCCUAAUGGGAGGAGACAGCAGAGACCGGGCCACAAUAGAACAGAUUUAGAUGGAGAGCUGCCGUGUAUAUGUGUGUGUGUGAGAGAGAGAGAGUGUAAAGGAGUGUGUGUGUGUGUAUGUGUGUGUGUGCAUCAGUUAAAGAGGACCAGGAGAACAUUGCAGGUUCAAGCAUCCCCUCCGUCUUUUUUACUUUUUCUGCGUCUGUGUUUCUCUCCCUCUCUCUCUCCCUCUGUGCCGUGGGGAGCGUCCUAUAGAUCGGCUGCUCAGAUAGUUCUCCCCUCUACAUGCUCAGGCUGUGUAUCGUAUGAUUAAAUUGUCAUUGUUUCGACAGCAAUGUGAGGGGCGUUCAAAAAGACAAAAGAGGACAGAUACAGUAGAAAAGGACACAGAGAGAUUCUGCGUGUGUGUGUGAGAGAGAGAGAGAAAUGAAUGACCAUCCCGCCUUCCGACUGACAGUGAAAUAUUCCUCCUCUCAUCCUCCCAUCAUGCUUCAUGUGUGUGCUUGAUGGGGAGAGAAUGACAGGCUGGCCCACCACCCCACCUCUCUCAUUCGCCUUUUUUUUUACACUCCCUCUCUGCUUCUGACUCUCAUCUUUGUGCUCAGUUUGUCCGAAAGUGUGAUAUUCCAACUUAACCAAACCCACAUAUCCAGUCAUCCCUACACCAUACAAAUGUUUGCACUCCCGUAACCACUUGGUAAGCAACCAUGUUAAUUCAACCAGCAGACAGUGAGCUAAAGAAAAUCUUAGACUUAUUAUUUGACAACACAGAGAAACAAGAAAAAUGACAUCUCAUUGUAAGGUAGGUGAACAAAAAAAGUGAAGUCUAGAAGAGGAAAAAAGUACAACACAAUUCAGCAAAAGGUUUUUUGUUACUUUUUCCAUCAACAUGUAAAAGGUAUUUUGUCUAAACAAGUAGUAUUUGCAAAAGAUUUUUUUUAAAACUUAAACUGGUUUCAUAAAUUAAAUUUAGCAUUUCUGUAGCCAUGUUUGUCUCGAGAUGCGACUGCAGUAACAUCGAUGUGUUGCCUGUUUACAAUCAGCGAUCUUAUCUUCUGCACAUCCAAAUAAGUGUUGGUGAACGAUGUGUCCCUCGAUAACAAAAAUGUAAAUGUAACAGCUGAUUUAAUCGUUCCUCUCCAGGGGUUUUUAAGGACAGGAAAAAAAAUCCUUGUGGAGGACAACAGGUCAUUGGACCAAAUAAUUUAGCUUUGAGACAGACUGUGCACACGUGUGAGGACGCUUGUGCACAUGUGCAACACUACCUGUGCAAUCAUGAUAGAAAAUAAGAGCUCUCUAUGUGGCCUUUGUUUCAGUAGAUUUACUCUUCUUGUGUUUAGGGGGGUGCAGUCUUGAAAUAAGUGAGUUGUACUUGGGACUUUUUGUUUAAAAAAAGAGGAAAUUUAAUUUUUAUAUUUUGAUUAUAAAUUAGAUAUCAUAGAUGUCAAUCUGGUUUGAAAAAGUGAAUCUAUUAAUCUAUUUUGUUGCUUGUGACACGAUGGAAAAAUAUACCUAAAAAUACGGAAUACAAGAAAUGUAUAUGCAAAGGCGUUUUUCGCGAUUAGAGAUAUUUAUUUUUAAAUGUCUUCCUACAGCAGUAUGAUGUGGAAAUUAAGUUUUUGUUUGUUCAAAUGUUUGCCACUUUUGACAUCUGAUUUUCGUAUAAAUGACAAGUUAAAAACUUUUGUCAAAAAAAGAAUAAACACAAAUGUGUCAAUUUAGCUUUUUUAAUAAGUAAAAAUUUCUCUACACUUUUGCCCCCAGGAAGUGUGUUCCUUUACCCAGCUGACCCGCACUCGUCUUGACCCCUGCAGAUAAUUCAUUUCCCCUUUAUCACCGUCUUCCCUCACCAUUCACCCCCCCCUCUCACUCACUCCUCUCCUCCCUCCUCACACACCCCUCCCUUGUGGAGCUGUCACCUUUCUGCACCCGCUCAGUCCCUAUUAAGGCCGACAGCCCAUCUGCCGCCUGCCCCGCUAACAGCUCCCGUCGCUAACGCUAACGCGCACACACAUCCACAUUCACUCAGACACACAAAGAGAUGCGUCUAAACCCCACCUGCCCCGGCGCAUCCGGUGGCACGGGGAGAAACGUUGUCAGGCGUAUUUGUAUGUAAACAUCUUUAUGCAGUCAGUGAUUAUCUGAUGAUCUCAUGAUGACUUUUAAUGUCACACCAACACACACACACACACACACACACACACACACACAGAUGUUAGUCAGACAUGUUUUUUUACAGAUAUGUUAGCAUCAGAUCACACCCAUAUAAUCAUUAGAUCUACAUUUUGAACAGGUGUUGUGUAUACAUUUUGUGCACUACUUUAACAAUCUCAGAGUUUAACAGCAGUGGAAUCAAAAUUACAGCAAAGUCCUGUUUUUUUAUGAAGAUGCAAGAAAUCAAACAGAAUAAAAAGAAACAUCUUUUUCUCCAUUUGCUUGAUUUGUUCGGGCGUUUAUUUUUAAAAAAUUUUUUCAUGAUUAUCUGAAAGUGAAUUUGUUGUCGUGUUUUUUUUUUAUUCUGGGCGUUUAUCAGCGCUCAGAAGUCACCGUUGUGAGUGUGUGUACGUGUGAAACUACAUUUAGCCAUGUUUGUGGAUAUUUAUUGCAUAUGCGGCUGGGAGACUUUGCACUGCCCUGACUAGCGGGGUAAUUAGGUAGGGCAGUUGCAGCCCUGCGUGUGUGUGUGUGUGUGUGUGUGAGUGUGAAUUUGUGCGUGGGUGUGUGUGUGUGUUGUGGCAUUUGCUCCCUUCAGGGAUAGGUGCGUUUUGCAUUAGCAAGAAUGGCAACUGUCUCAUCAAUCACUGCAUCACCAUGUCACACACACACAUACACACACACACACACACGCAUAGACACACAUACACAUGCAUACGCACACUCAUACUGUGUCAUGGUCAUUCUGUUCACAGAUGGGCCAGCAACACAUGAGCGAGUCACUGAGCAUCAGAAAGACACCCGCGAUCUCCCCGCUUUCACACACACACACACACACACACAGGCACACACACACACAGAAACCUUUUUACAUUCAUGUGAGUGUAUGUGUGUUUGUGUGCAGUGGUGUCUCUUACUUGUACUGACAGGAGCGUGAAAUAGGUUAGGUAGAAUCACAUAGGUUAAUACUCUCUGGCUUUAUUCUCUUCUUUUUUCUCUUCAUGUCUCUCUAAAUAUUCAUGACCUGAGCUUUUCUCUGAAAACACCUCCUCGGUUUUAAAUCUUAAAAAUGAGAGCUAUCGCUAAAUCUUCCACAGUCAUUUACAGCAUUUAAAUUUUCUGCGUGUACAUAUUUAGUACACUCUGAUAAUAUUUCAGCUCUGUGCUUCUUCUCUUGUACAAUCCUCUUUCACUGAAAAGAAUAGUCAACUUCUGGAUUAAAACAAUCGUCUGCAGGUUCAAAGAUGCUUUUAAGUCGCUGUUUAAUCUUCUAAAAUGAAAACAUCUGAAUGUAUCCGAUUACCUCGCCAUAAGGAAUGAUGUAAUAAAGCAGAAUUUCUACUUUUAAUCCAGGUUUUUGCGAGUGACAGACUUGAGCUCUUCCAGCUAAACGAAAAGGAGUUUAGUUUUUGAAAAUGUGUCUGAUUUGAUUUAUGCCGGACCUUGCUAAACUCUGAAGUUAUUGCUGAAAUAACAUCUUCUGGUUCAUAAGCAAGUUUUCUGACCUUCUCAAUGUCAGCCCAAAUUUACCUCCAUUCUUCCCCUAUAUUGCUUUGUAACAAUUUAUCCGGCGUAGGACUUCUAGGGCUGGGCAAAAGAUUCAAACUACUAGCAUGGCGUCUACCUGGCACUGGAUGUACCUUAGUAAGGUGCGAGUCCAGACUGCUCCUCAAUAAAAAGUGCAGUAUUAAGUGUUGCCUGUCUAUAUAGCAUGGUGACACCGCAACCAAAGCCAAUAAGUGUUUGAAGCAGCAGCAGCAGCAGCGAGAUAUCGAUUCCUCCUAUUCACCAGAGUGGAACUAAAACCUACAUAUUACACACACUGGUCCUCCACCUCUCGCUGAGCCGACCCAGCUCCGUGGAUGCAGGGAGGGACAACUGUCAGACGGGUGAUUGGUCCAUCUGUCUGUCUGUCUACAUGGCUAUCACUUAAACAGGAACCCACAUCAGGACAAAAUCUCGUCUGUGAAGCGUGUUUGUGUGGUAAACGUGUCGAUCUAUUUGUGACACAUACCAACAUCUCGCUCUGUUUACUGAUACAUUCAGCAGAGACAACAGGAAUGUGGUAAUGACAGAAAAACCAGCAAAACUGAAACACGAACUUAAAGGAAGUCUAAUUUAUAUUUAUUUUUAGUAAGUAUUUAUUAAGCUUCAAUACACAGCUUAAAAAGCUCCCCGAUGGUUUGGUUUUGAUGUUGCGGUUGUCAGUUUUUUUAAAAAAGCAAUUAUGAAGAAAAUAUUUAGUUCACAGACUUGCUCAGCGAAGUUUCAAUAUCAAAAACUAAAUUCAUAGGAGGAUUCCUUCUCUUUGGCUCGGUGUGGGACAGCAAAAAAAUAUUUUUAACUUGUUUUGCCGAAAAUCACACAAUACUCAGGACCCUCAGGAUGCCUCAAGCGUCACCCGCACACAUCUUCUCCACAGUGUACAUUGUUUCAGACGGAUCAAACAUUCUCCGGUUGUGUGGUAAAAUCUGUUUUCAGAUAUCAUUUUAUCUGGUGUCCGUAUUGUGUGUGUCUGUCACAAAAAGCUUUCCCUCCGUACAGCCCUCCUUUGUUCCUCCUCAGUAGUUUUGUUUUAAUGUAGGCCACAAAGCCAAUUUUAUUACACCCCCUGCCGCCUCCCCCUCCUCUUUGACGUCACUUUUAAGUGCUGUCCCUUUUUCCCCCUGAGCCGUGUUAUUUCAUUUAUUUAUUUUUGGCAACGGAUGAUUUUGAUUCUGUAGCUCCCGGUGACCUUAUCACCCCGACAACAGCUCCUCCCAUGAUGACAGUGCCAGGAUUUGAUUGACGGGCAGCGGUCCCUCCUCCAGUGCUUUUACUUUUAUACAUCCUCUCUCCGAGAGACAGUCUCAUUCAACACCAAAACAAAUAAAAAGCAUCUGACGUUACACACAGGCAGAGUGUGCUUCAAUUAGCAGCGUGACGCAGCCAGUGAAGCAGCUGCGUAAGCACAGACAAAUGUAUUACAUCACAGUUUGUGAACACAAAAAAAUGUCCUCUAAAUUGGUCGACUUUCUGUCUAACUUCCACACAUUCGUCACUCUUUGUUAUUUUGUGUUUAGGACCGUCUGCAUUUUACCCUAUCUCCGCAGUCGCGUGCAUUUUCAACCAUCAGAUGUGUCUUCUGCAGUCACUGAAAAAGCGUCUGUUAGUGUGUGUGGUUGUUGUGUGUGCAUAAACAAACAUUGUUACUUGAAAUCACCUCAGUUCAUUUGAAUUACACGACUUGAAUGUUUCGGCGGGUUUUCAAAGUUAUAUUUAUCUGACUUUUUGCCUUUAUUUGGAGAGAGUGGGACAGUCAAUAGAGCUGGAAAUGUGAGGAAAAGUAGGAAGUGACAUUCAGGAAAGGAGCCACAGGACACGAGGCCCAGCUUAUUUUCUUUUUUUUCUUUUUUUAUGUUUAUGUAGGAUAAAAUUUUGUAUUUUUAUGUCAAUCUUAACCUUGAUUGAAGCCUUUCCUGCCCUUUCCUUAUUUUUUUUUGUGAAAAUAAGUUAAUAAAAAUCUGCAGACUACUCUACAAAAGGACGCAUAGAAUGAGUUAAAAAUGGCAAAAAUAAACUGUGUCGUCUUGAAGUGCUUUUUCUGAAGCAUUUUCAUCUCUACCUGCAUAAUUCUCCUUUUAAAUAGUUAAUAACAUGCGUCUCUGUGUCUGUGUCACUGACUGUAUGUCUCAUUUUGCUCCUGCCUGCAGAAUGAACUUAUCGAAGGGUCCAUUGGUGAACAGCAGCAGUGAAGAUAACUCCAAGUCAACCUAUAGUAAAUGCGGCGCUGGCGCCUGGAGGAUGCACCAGAGCUACGAUCCACUGGAGGCCAACCACAUGAGAGACGCACAUGCCCUCUACAACCCAAGGUAAGACAGGAUGACAAGACAACUAAAGAGAAAAGAGAGGGAGGAAAGAAAAACCACACAAAAAAUAAAGACUGUGCAUGUGUUUGGUUCAGUUUUACACUAAAGCUACACUUGACCUCCGUAAACCUCAGAUGAAAGAGAAAGAAAAGGAAAGCACUUAGAGACAUCAAAAGGUAGUGUUUUAGGCUCCGCUUGUGAGUGUGUGAAAGAAAGUGAGUGAGAGAGAGAGAGACAAAGUGAAAGAUGUGAAAGAUCCAUGAUCUAUUAAAUAUCAGAGUUUUAGGUUUGACCGAUUUGUUUCUUCCUCUUCUCGUACCAACCUUUACAAAUAAGCCCCUCUUUACAAUUACUUCAUGUGACAUGUUAGUUUUCACACACUUACACAUGAGUCAGUUAUACUGUGAAAUUCUACCCUUACUUUCUAACUGGCCUACAUUGAGUAAACAUUUGACUGACAGUUUCAUCUUAUAUUAACAGAUAAUGGAGAGAACCGUGUACUCGUAUUAACUGAAUAAGGAGGAUGACCUGUUCUGCCUCGGCUCAAUUUGUUUUACUUCCAGGGAGCUAUGUAUGUUUUUAAUAAUUAUUUAACUCUAUACUCCCAGAAGCAAAGAUUUUGUUUUUAAAUAGUGUCUUCAUAGUGCUACUACAUCACAUUUUGAAAUCGUCACCUGUACUUCUUUUAACGUUUUGAUAUUUUUAUCCUAUAUGUGAAGUUCCAUGAGAGAGCAGGAUUCAACUUCCAGCUCAAGGACACUUCAGUAGUGCAAAUGCGUCGCAGCACGGAGUCUUUAAAUCAUAUCAUUUGGUUGAAGGACAGUCACUUUAACCAUAACAGUAAUCCCCCCCAUGCCAUCUGCAUGUACAAUAAAGAAACCCAGAGUGAAAAGGGACUCCUCAGUUCUCCGGCAGAAUCCCGCUCUAUGUUUUCAUUGUUCGAGGCAGGUGACAGAGGGGGCUUCCUGCUCUCAUUUUUACAACGUAAACUGUAAAUAUGCGUCUUGUUUUGUGUUGAAACACGGAGAGAAGUGUGAAGCACAGGCACACACUCUCUUUUAAUCAUUCGUAGUUCCCUAAGGAUAAGACAUAGAGACGCACGCCCAGAUUACCAUUCUGUAACAGUAAAUGUCGGUCUUGUUCGGGCUUAUUGCACUAUUAUUGCACAAUUAAACAGUAUAAGAGAUAAAUAAGCUGAACGCUCAGUUUUUACUAUUUUGUCCCAUUUUAAAAUGCACAUGAUCCUGUUCUGAUGAGCGCAAUUGAUCUGAAGAGACUCUUAAGGCUGUAGAGCAGCUUUUAAAAACUUCAUCUGUAGUUUUAUGAGUUUCUUUUUAUGUAGACAACAGCGAGUAAAUACUAAGUUUCACACACAACUCACAACUAGCCAAACUUUUUUUAGUUUCAUGCUUGUUUUUGCUAAAGGAGCAUCGCAGCCAAUUAUAACAGUAUUGAUUAGUGCGUCGUUGGAUAUUUUCAUAACCUCCUCAUUUUUAGUGUGUGUGUCAGCGUGUUCAUAUGUGUGUAAGUGGCGGUGUGCGCUGCAGACUGGGAAGUCUUAGUCCAAUAGGAUUUCAGGGUUAGUCUGGGUCAAGCCAAUUAGAGGUCUGGCAAACCAUUCUCACGCAGACUCUCAGCCAAUCACCAUGAGGAGGGUUACUCGCACAUUGUGUGUGUGUUUGUUGGCAGACAGUGGAGUCUGGUGAUGAGAGGUGUAAAGGUUUGCCAAAGGCUGGGGAGUCACGCCAUGCCUUGGAAACACAAAACAGAGACACAAAAUCAAUGUUUGUUUUUCUUAAUUGCUGCAUUCAGUAAAUCAAGACACUCGAUCUUAACUGGAAACUCAGCUGCAGAAAUUAAAACACUUUACUUUUCACCUGCUUGAUAUAUUAGCGUUCCAUUAUAACAACUUUCUUGUCUUCUCAGUGGCUUGUGUUAAAAACUUUUAAAUAUCCUCCCCUACUCAGUUUUUUUUUGCCCUGUUUGUCGCGAUGCUUUUGAAGUCUUGUAUGAAAAACUUUAAAUUGUCUGGUUAUUGGAAAAUGCAUUAGAAAGAAACCUCUCCUAACCAAAGGACAGUUUUCCCCAGUUGGGAAAAAAAAAUAAUGUAUAAACUAUAUGAUUACAACAGGAGCAAAACUUUUCCCUAUGUACGUAUGGUUAUAAAGUGUGACACAGAGUUGAUUUGCAGAGUCGCAAACACAUGAAACUGAAGCUGCGAGGUGGAAUCAGACUACCUCUAAUGUGAUUCUUCACAUGUGUGCUUUUUAUGCUGUGACAUGUUGAUGUAAAACAAAACAGGCCACAGGGAAAGAAUAGCUGAAGGUCAGUUUUUUUUUUUCCUCAGACAUUAAGUGUAAGAUCAAAUGAACACUCUCUCCAGGACAUCUGACCUCUGACUGUGUUGAUAGGAUUUAUUUGCGCAAUGGACAUACACACGGUGUCUCGCUCUCUCCCUCUCUCUCUCUGUCAUACACACACACACACACAAUCCAGCUUGAUGGUCUUUUGAAAAAUAAAUAAAUAAAAACAAAAAAAUAAAUUUCACUUAACUUUAUUUCAACAUGCAUGUCAUAUUUUUGAAUUCAAACAAUAUUUUUGCUUGAUGUUCUUACUCCAUGAAUAGUCAUUAUUGGGGGAAGCAAACAAUCCUUUAAAAAGUUGAUCAAAAACCAUUAUUUUCUUUGUCUUUUGGACCUUAAUCAAAAAUAUAAACUUUCAAAAAUUCUAUUUCAAAUCCUUAAUUUGUUUUUGGGGGACUGCUGUUUUGAUUGGACGGCAACAAUAUUAUUCCUAUUUUUAUUUAGGCCAUCAAACCAUGGGAAUGUGAUUAACGUCAGGCAGCCAGGGUGCGCUUCAGUACACACACACACACACACACACACACACACACACACUCGCACAUUGCUGUAAACUGAGCCCAAUGUAAUCAUAAUGAUAAAGCAGAUUGCCUUAACACACAGAUGGGCCUCCCAACAGCUCUGUGUGUGUAUGUGUGAGUUUGUGCAUGUGUCUGCGUGUGUGUGGGUGUGUGUUAAGUGUGGACAACGCUGAUUGGAUUGCAGAUUUAUAGAAGAGGAUUACUGCUGGAGCACAGAGAGAGAACGAGAGGGAGAAAGAGAGGGUUUCAGACACUCACCUCUCAUUAACUUCCACCCCCUUCACCUCAACUUGCCUUAUUCUCCAUCAUGGAUAAACACAUACAGGCCCAUACACUUUAAGUGAAAUUACAUUCAGAUUUGUAUCUUUACGGUGAUGUGUGGAUGCAGCAUCUUGUUCUCCAUGCAAUAUCAGCAAUUGGAGCUUAAGAGUGGGUUUUACCUUUAAAAUACAAAGGUAGUUGUUAGCUCUUUGUAAUUUGCAUUUUUUAUGUCGAUGAGGAAGCAAAGUUUGAACCCCUGUGAUUGCAACAACAAGUAGCUCUGGACAAACAUUUAUAUAUGAAUAAAUAAAUGCAACCAAAUUAUUCAAAACACAGACUUCGUUACAUUAACACUAAAGCACAGAUGCUAAUUUCACUUUUUUUUUUUGCAGAGGAGCUUAAUGAAAACAAAUCGAUCGCUGAAUUUGGGUGAAAUUUUCAAAUACACAAGUGAUGCAGGUAGACAGCUACGCUGUAAUAAGGGGAGAAUAAGAGAAUUUUAGACGAUCAAAUACAGGGUAUAAAAUGGACGGAAAGAAAGAUGCAGGCCAGAAAGCAGGACAGACUGAGGCGGAGACAGUGGGCACUCCAGCAAACCUGAUUAUGACUGGAUGUGAAUUAGAUUCCCUAACAGAUGGUCGGAGAGCGAGGCUGUAAGGUGCAUCAGCCAGCAGAGAGGGGGGCGGAAGGGGGAGAGGGGGAGGAAGGAGGGCUGAGGGGGGGGCAGAGCGGUAGAGGAAGCAGAGGGGACGAGUGUCAACAGUAACUGGUUAAGUAUCAAUUCAGUUCAAAAAGUGCAGAAGUAUAAUAUGUUUGUGUGUCUUUUCUCGCUUUUGAAUUAUUUCUUAUAUUGGUUGGAUCUGGAAAGUAGUCAAGUAUUUUGAUUCGUUAUGAGACUAUUACUCUGUCCUUUUGACCAUUAAUACCUGAGACGUGAUUUAGACGUACAGUCAAUCCAAUGAACUGUCUCUUUUCUGUAAUGUAUCAAAAACAUUCACACAACAUCAAAUAGCCUCUGACUUUUCCACCGAAUGUGUCUUUCAUAGAAUAUUGGAUGCCAAAUUGAAAAGAAAGCUGCGAUCUGAGCCUGUUUAGGAUGGAUUUUCAACAUUUUACUGAUGCUGUGCAUUACUGUACAUACUCCAGCUCUGCUUGGCUCUCUCUCUCCCUGUGAUGGAUAGGUGUAAAUCAUCACAAUCCUGUUCUGACAGCCCAAUUUCCCCAAAUCUGAUCUGCUUAAAGAAUGCAGCUUUGACGCUGUCUUCACUUAUGUCUCCUCUCCUCUCCUCUCCUCUCUUCUCCUCUACUCUCCUUUCCUUUCCUCUCCUCUCCUCUCCUCUCCUCUCUUUUAACAUUUUUCUUUAAACUCUCUUCCUUUUUGUCUUUUCAUCAUUUGCAGCAUUUUGCUUGUUUCUGCUUUUCCCAUUCCCUCCUUGUCCAUUUCGCUCCUCCUCCCCUCCUCCCAUCUCUCUUUUUCUGUCUCCCUCCCAUGUCACAUUUGAAAGCCCUGUCAUAUUUACUAGAGUGGAAAUCCUCUUUUACCAUCUGCUUAAUAAAAUGUGUUUUUAAUCCGAUCCAGGAUAUUUUGUUUUUUAAAACACUUUUUAUCCCCUGUACAAUUUCAUUUGAUACAGCACCUAGCCCAGGUCUAUCUGUCUGAUCGAGAGACGGUGGAGUGGAGUGGAGUGUGAUGUCUCACUGUGAAGGAACGGAUGAAUGUGAAGGUUUGCCUUUUAGCGUGUGUGCAUGUGAGUCUGUGUCAAUGGCAAGUUUGUGGAAGUGUGCGGAAGUCCCUCUUUCUUAGUGAUAACACCGUUAAUCCACUCAAAUAGCCCUUUCCAUACUCACACAUACACAUGAAGAAAGAAAGAGCAACCAUAUUCCUGAUUCAGUGACUCUUCUUUCAUAAAGGAACCAGGUUUGAACGUACAGUAUCAGGGCUGUCAAUUAAUAUUCUUAAUUUGAAUAUUGAAAAAAAAAAUGAGAUUCGAAUGUGAAAAUGUAUAUUAGAAUAUUAAAUAAACAUCAGGAAAAAACUGAGAAAGAAAAAUAAAUAAAUAAAUUAACUAAAAAAAAAAUUUAGGAGUUGCGUUUGGAAAUUCUUCAGAUUUUUGGCAGGCACGGUAGACGGGAAAAAUGCUAAGUGAGAUAAAGUUACAUGCAAUCUGUGUGAGCUAGAUAUUCGAAUAUGUUCGAACCUAUGUGUUAUUUUUAGGACGAAUAUUCGAACAUCAUUUUGGAGCAAUUUUGACAGCCCUAUACCAUAUAUCGUCUAACCUGUUAACAUUAUGAUAAUAUUCAUUUUUAAUACACAUUUUUUUAUACGGCUUGCAUCUGUUUGUUUGUUUUUUGUAUGUUAAUUAGAUAUAAUUUCAAAUCGACUUUUUUUUUCCUGUCAAAGGUGUGUCACCUUAUGUUUUAUGUUUGCUACAUGGAGCGUCAUCCAUAGAGGCUCACCUGAAAUACACAGCUUUCAUCAACUUCAUUGUUUUCCACUCCCUAGCUACUCACUCCACUAAAAGGCUGGAGGUCACUACAAGAACACAGACCGAUCCAGAUCCAAAAACAAAUUGAAUUAAACAUCCCAUUUUACAUUUAUCGGAUAAAUACCUGAAUGAAGUUAACCGGCGAACUGUUGUACCACUGGUGUGCAACAUACUGGAGGUUUUAGAGGCUCGGAGCUGAGUUCUUACAGUAGACACCCACCACUACAAACACAAUGACACACGGCAGAUAAAGGAGACAGAAAGAGAGAGAGGAAGGCAAGGAGAGAGAGACAAAGAGAGAGGUAUAUAUAGAGAGAGAGACAUGGUGACAAAGAUAGUGCCUGGCAGCAACACACUUAUCAGCUAGUGCUGUGCUAGAAAAUGACCUAAAUCAUCAAGAUUCCCAUCUGACACACUCACACAAACACACAUACUCAUACCCACAAAUACACAGGGUUGGAGGUGCACUGCUCGCUCUGAACGAGCUCAACCUCUUCAUAUCUUUUUGGAGAAAUAACAACAUCUCCAGUCAGGCCCUCAAACCGAAAUCACCUUUCAUACAGUUCAAGGAAGACUUUGAGGGGGGAAAGGAUUUCUCUUCAUAUUUGGUUUAUAAUCAAGUUUUCUGAGAAGGAAAAGAAAGAGGAACAGACAGGAGGAAAAGACGGUACAUGAAAGCACAUUGAUAUAUAACAUGAUACUCCCGAAUAGUUUGCAGGCUGCUGUUUGGAUAGCACAUAAUUCUUAAUCAAUUGUGUUUGGCUGAGCCUGCCCUGUGGGUGCUGUCUCCCACUGGUUAUCCAUUCACAUCUAGUGUGUGUGUAUGUGUAUGUGUGUGCGUGGGUGUGUGUGUAAACUUUAUAAACCCCAGGAUGCAUCAUAACAGCUUUAGCCCCUCUAGUGUGCCUCUGUAGGUCCUACCCAAUUCAUUUCACACCUGUGUAUGUGUUUGUUGAUGCUCGCGCACUGUUUAAAUUCAUACCUGGAGGAUUCAUAAUGUCUAAAUACAGAGAGACACGUACACGCAGGAAUAUAGACACAAACACACACAUUUCCCUUCCUCUGCCGGUCUUUACAGCCCAACAGCCCAUUGGGCAGAAUGUGUUUUAGCCAUUAUCACAUUGAUUGUAUGUAAUCAGGGGUUUAUUCUGCAGCCAAUGAAGUGAAUUACAGGUUUCCUGCCCGACUAACACUGUAACAAUUGAUCUGCUCCCUGGUGUGUAUGUGUGUGUGUGUUUGUACUUGUGUGGGGUGUAAGGUGGUGUGUGUGGGUGCUGGAGAAAGAGAGUGGAGCAAUGAUAGAGUGUGUUUAUGUGUGAGAAGUAGAAACAACUAUAGAAAGAAAAAAAAGAGAAAGAGGGAUUGAGACCCAAAGAGAGCAGGAAGGAGAGGGCGAGAGAGAGCUCAGUAGGAGGGAGAGUGGUUUAGAUUGACUGUCUCUGCGUGAGUUUUUAUUUCUUAUUUUAUUCAUUUUCCUCCCUGAAAACAACUAUAAUCAUCCCCACACUGUGAGACUGCGAAGCUAAACUCAAACACACACAAUUUUCUCUCUCUUUCGGUCUCUCCUCCGCCUUUAAACUUACACUUGUCAGCCUGUACACUUGUAAAAGUACAUAUUCAAUUACUACUUGUCCAUAAAAUUGCACAAAUAAUGGCGCACAGUUUGUUUGUGUUUUCCUCCUCCCAUCUAGCCCCAGUAAAAAAAAAAGGUACUCUUGUUGUAAUUCUGUAACUUCCUUUAUUCAUUUCAGCGGUUAAAGCCUACAAGUCAAGUUUACCCGUGUAUCUUUGAGUGGGCGCACACUCACCAGUGUAUGUAUCGACCUUAAGAGGCCGACAAGCGGUUCAACAACCCUCCACAGAUAGUCGAGCACUGAAAAGGGGGUAAAAUACAGACAGGGAAAGAGCAAAGAAAGAAAAAUAAACAGACAAGUGUGGAGGCUAAAAAAGCAAUUCAGCUGAUUGAUGAAAUCGUUCUAUUCAUUUGACUAUGGAAAUGUAAAUGCAUUUUUUGCUCUGUUUCCCCUCCUCACACCAUUCUUUAAUUCAAUGUAUUUUCCUGCCCAAAGCAUUGCCGGUAUCAUCUAGAUAGAAUUGUGUAAGGUUUUCUCCCCCUCUCUUUUUUUUUUUUUCCUUUUUGCUUAUUGGACUGUGUGUUCUUAUCAGCACUGAGAGCACAAUGCUUGGUGUGAUGGAAAGGUAUUAGCCAACCUGCUGUAGCUACAUUGUCAGCACUUCUCCCUUCGCUGUCUCUACUGCCACCUCCUCUCUGUCCUCCCUCUUUUUCCCUCUCUGCUCCUACACCUGGCUCAUUUUUAACAUUUUUCUAUGGGAAUUAUGUUUUAUAAAUAAAAGAUUUAUAAUUUGCGUCAUUCCUCUACAUACGCAUUAACUGAAAGUUGACGUGAUGUAGCUUGAUGACAUUUUGAUUUGUUUUUUAUUUGUCAUCAUCCAAAUAAAAUAUGGGCUUUUCUUGCAUCUUGGCAGCAUACUUAAGUGUGUUGAAAAAAUUUCUCUAUAUUUUUUUACUAUAUAUUUUUUUGAAGAUAAGAUUUUUACUCAUAAAAGAAAUGCUGAGAUCUAUUGACAUGCCAACAGCAACAGAAAUGUCCAGAAAAGCAGGCAGCAUGAGCAGUCAGAAAGUCAAACAGAUCGAGCAGAAACAGGCUGCAUCUUCAUUUUUGAUUUGGAGUAAAAGAUCUGAAACAUAUAAAGUCUGCAAAUCUUUCUAAACCAGUUUUUCUCUUCCUUUUUUCUUUACUUUUCUACCCUUUUUCUUCUCUAUCUUCUUCUCCAUACCCCGAGGUGGGACAAAAGUAGUUAGGAGUUGUUUGAGGACCAGUUUGUGUUUAUGGCUGCCAUCUAGCGAGGCAGUGGUACAAAGAUAGUAUAUAAUAAAAGUGUGAGAGUGCACACAGAAGCACAGACCAAAGGAGCACACAGGGAACAGCAGUGGGACACACAGCGAGGCAGAGAGUAGUUUCUUUAAUACGAUGAUUGUAUGUUUGUCCCUGCCAGUUGUCAGAGCGCUGCCUCAGCCCACCGCUCUAAUGACAGCUUGUCAUACUAAAGUGUCCCACCUUCCUUCAAAACACGCAGAAUAAAACCUUCUUUUUCUUUACUUUCCUAUUGUUGCUCCCUCUCUCCGUGUGUCCAACAUAUUUAUCUCUCUUUCAUGAGUCACUGUGUCUUUCCAAAUCGUGAGAGGAAAAAAAAAAAGAGGGGGAAGAGAAAGAGAAAAUGACAGGGAUCGAGCUGGAAAUGGAGACAAGGGAAGGUGGUAAUCUUUCUUGUGUGUGUGUGUGUGUGUGUGUGUGUGUGUGUGUGUGUGUGUGUGUGUGUGUGUGUGUGUGUGUGUGUGUGUGUGUGUGUGUGUGUGUGUGUGUGUGUGUUUAAGGGACAGGUAAAUAGGCCUGCUGAAUAUUUGAUGUCUGCAGGAACUUAACAGCCACUUUUAUCUCUUUGCCCUGGCUGUUUGGGAAACAGUCUCACAUCUAGUUGGUGUCACGCUCACUGUUUGUGUGAGUUCGCUUUUAUCAUGGGCACACAUACUAAAUGAUAAAAGGGGGUGAAAUAAUUCACCCCCUUUAUUCAAGAAUAAAGUUCUUACUCAAAAAAAUAGUGAUCAGGUCUGAUGUAAAGUUUUCCAAAAAGCUGAAAAUGAAGGUUUGAAAGAAGAACAGUUACCUGGAAUUAAGUUCACUUUUUUAAUGUCAGAUGCUACGAACGAAGACUGCAGUUUACUUUUUUUUAUCAGUGUAGUUGAGUUCCCAUCACUUGAGGUGAAAAUCCUUAAACAAUUUAAAAGAGACUUUCUAUAAGACACAAUAUGAUGAAGUAAAGGGAAGUAAAAAGAAAACAAAAUGUUUUAAUUCAUCAGCCAGACUGAUUCGUCAGGCCGAUCAGUGGCUUUUUUAAAAGAUAUGCAUUCGCUGAUAUCGGGGCUCAUGAGGCUGAGUUGAAAGAAAUUAAAGACAGAAUAUCUGCAGACACUGCAGGCAUUUUGUCAGAGUCCCUGGUGUUCAGCAAUGUAGACCUCCUCUUAAAUGAUAACAUGAUUGUCUUAUUCUUAAUCACAGCAGAUCAAAUGUAACUCUCACUGAAAAUUGUUGAAUACAUAUUCUGUUAGGAUGUGUAGGAUAAUGGGGUUUAGUAAUAGCUCUGAUUUAAAUAUGUUAGAGCACAGCCUAACGCAUUUACUAUUUUAUGAACUCAAAAUCCACCUAAAAUAUAGAUUCAUGUCUGGCCAAGACAGCCAAGUGUAGAUUGUAAUGUGCGCAGAAUAAUGUUUUUUUUAUAAUCAUUUUAUUGUUUUAUUAAAUGCAAAAAAACCAAAAGUGAUAUUGGCCAUUGGUAGGCCUGCUCUGUAUUUAUCAUCAUUGGUAUCAGCCAUUGAAAAAGUGAUGUAGGUCCAUCACUGUCAGAAUGUAAAGAAGGAAAAAAAGAGAAGAAAACAUUGAAAACUCAUUUCCUUAUACAAAACUGAAUAAAAAAAAAAAGCUAGGCAUAAGAUUUGGUUACAGCUCUUCCUUGUAUUUGAAAUCACCUCAUUACACCCCACUUAUAUCUUCUACAUUUGUUAAAAUAAUGACAAAAACAAACGCCCUCAACUUUAUGCCAUUCUCUCUUAAUCAUUUUAAAGUGCUGGAAACAAAGAGUUGGUGAAAAAAGAGAGAGAGAGAGGGAGAGAAAGCCGGUCUCUUCCCUCUCUUUCUCUCUGCACACUCAUCUGAAGAGCAGACAGGCACAAUAAGACUGCUCUUUCAGCACUGAGCCGUCGUUACAUAGCGCCAUAAUUAUACUGAUAACAUACAUACAUAAAUGCAUUCAACCUCUCGCUCAGCGCAGCGCACUGCCUGUGAUUUCUUAAUCUUCUUCCCUCUUCUCUCCUCCUCUCAACGCAUGUCUUCUUUUUUAUUCCUUUUAUUCCUCCCCCUUUGACUGCCAUUAUUUUUCAUUUAUAAGCAGAGUGGGAGAAAAGGAGAUGAUAGAGGUAAAGAGGGGGAGAGAGAGAGGGAAAGGAGGAGGAUGGGAAAAAGAAGACGGGAAAAGAGAGAGAUGGAUGAGAAUUUGAGAGAGAGAAAGAAAAAGAGCGCUUGAGAUCUUUUUGCACUUAAACUCUUUCACUUAAUGGUACUCUGAGGGAUUGACGGUCGAAGGGAGGGAGCAUAAAAGAGCAUAAAGAGUGAAAAAGGAGAGAUUAAAUCAUCACCAUCACAUCAUCAUCUUAAAUGGCUCUACUCUCUUUUCCUGUCACCGCUGUAUUUUCUCUCCCUGUGCUGGAACAUAGACAAACCUGUGUGAUCCCUCAACGUCUCAUCACUCUUCCCCACAUUUACAUUCAUUUUGCCAUCUUUUAUUCUAGUCUCUCUCUCAUUCUUUCUUCCUCUCCAGCGACUCUUUCUCUCCUUUUUUUUUUUCUUAACCUCACUUCCUCUCACUUGAUUUGUGUCCAAAUCUUUCCCACUGUCCCUUUCAUCCCAAACUGAAGGCCCACCUUAGCAUCAGAUAAAUGGAUUUAUAGACAUUGGUGAAUACCACAAAGCCACGAUUAAUGGAGUCACUGAAUUAGAUGAAACUGCAGGAAGCGGAGGGAAGAGGAGGUGGUGGGAAUAAAAUAUAUGAUGAAAAAAGGAUGGGGGGGCCAAAAGGCCAGAGUAUUGUACAUUAUAAAUGUCAUGUCACUUUAUGAAAGGAAAAAUGGACUUUAAAAAAGCACUGGAAUUCUGGGAAAAAGGGUGUAUUUGCCUCACAGUAUCUAGUAGAGAAGGUGAAAGGAAAACGAAGGCUUCACAGCUGAUUAAAAGGGAACAUCUGAGAAAUAAAAAUGGUGUCUGUUGUCAGUCAUUGCAGCAAACUCCUCGUUCUCCAUUCUGUCCGUGUCUCGCAAAAGCUGUCUGUCCGUCCAUCUGUCUGUCUGCCUACCUGUUUUCCCGUCCAUAUCCACCCCCCACCCUUUCCUCACCAGACCGUCUCUCCAUUCUCUGUCAAGGCGCUGUCUGUGUUUUAUGGGUCCCUGUAGAACAGGGAUCUUUUACAGGCCGACUGGACUUUAGAAGCCCCUCGUUUAGCAGCAUCCUGCCUUAAUUAAAAACCCCUUUUGUGCUUUCUGCCUUUAACAAUGAAAAGGGAGAGAUGGGAGGGAGGGCAGGGUUAGAGGAAGAGAGAGUGGCGAUGCAGAGAGGAAGAGAGAGAGAGAGAGAAAGAGAGAUGGCGGUGAAUAGGAAGUGAUAGGGAGACAGGCAGAUAGAUAGUAAGGUAGACAAAGGGAGGGAUGGAGAGAUAUGGACAGGGAGAAGAUAGCUGUUAAUUACAACUGCCAUUAACAGGCACGAGCCAGCAUCCUCAGGGAGAGGGAGAAGGAAAGGCAGGUGAGGAGAGGGAGGAGAAAAGAAGGGAGGCAGGAUAGAGAAGAAGAGCAAAAUGGAGAGAGGAAUAAACUAUUAAUACUUUGGCGUUGACAUUUCUGGAGGUUUGGGAUUUUGUUCUGGAAAUGCUUGCUGUGACUCCUGAAAGUGUUCCUGUCAUUGUGUGCUUUACUGUGACCAUGUGUGUAUCUGAGAAAGGAGUAUGUGUUUGCGCGCAAGUGUGUGUGUGCGAGUCCUUGUGAGUAUCAUGUGUGAGGCUGUCUUUUGGAUGAUUGAACAGCAGAGAGGCUGCUUACUGAUUACCUUCAUGUAGAACAAGCUGCUAUUGACUGCAGAGUGACGGAUGACCGUCGGCCCCAAGCAUGUGUACGCCUUUCUGGGACUGUGUGCUGCUACUGACGCUUCUCUGCCACUUUUUCUUACUCAUGAGUAUCCAAAUACACCGCUCUCUAUUUCUCUGUUUUAUGUCUUGAGUCUUUUACUUUUCUUAGCCUUGUCUCCUUUAUUUAACUCUGCACACCCUCUCUCCUUUCAUUUUCCCUUCUGAAAGAAUAGCAAAUGUGAUGGAUGGAUUGUGUGCGUACAUGCUUGUGUGUUUCAUUUAUAGAGCUUGUCAGGCUCUGUGAGAAAUAUAAAUCAAUCAUAGGCAGUGACAGUGAGGAAAUACAACAACAUUAGUACAAAUGAUUGCUGUAAUUGAGCUUGAACAAUGCCUCAACUUUACUAUUUUUCUUCUCCCGUAACACACUGCUUCUCCCAGAUUUUCCUGUAAUACGCUCUCCCUAUUUUUCUUUUCGUUUCUGUCUCUCUCCUUCAGGCUUCUCUGCAGAAUGUCCAGUAAGGAGCGCCACCUUGACUCCAACUGUCCGUCCUCGUACAUAAAGACCGAGCCGUCUAGUCCUGCCUCCCUGACUGACAGUCUAAACCAUCACUCCCCUGGUGGCUCCAGUGACGCCUCAGGCUCCUAUUCGUCCACGAUGAACGGCCAUCCCAACGGCUUAGACUCCCCAAGUCUCUACGGCUCCAACGCAGGGCCCCUGGGUCCCGCAGGCGGCCCUGGAUCAAAGCGUUAUGAGGACUGUUCAUCAACAAUCGGGGAAGAUUCACAGAUUAAGUGUGAAUACAUGUUGAAUUCAAUGCCCAAAAGGCUGUGUCUGGUUUGCGGGGACAUUGCGUCAGGUUACCACUAUGGAGUGGCGUCCUGUGAGGCCUGCAAGGCCUUCUUCAAACGCACUAUCCAAGGUUGGCUUUCAUUUUAACUUCAUGUCUUUAAAACUUCACAACAAUCUUUUUGCAAGUCAUUUAUAUUUCCCUGCCUGUCUUUUGCUCCCUCAGGUCUGUAGUCACAGAUUAUCUUUUUAUUCUGUGUCUAAUUGUUUCCUUUUCUAUGACUCAGGCGGCUCUGUUUCACCAAACCUUCCUCUGUGUCAAACUUACGACAACAAAAAAUGUGGAUGUGUGUGUUAUUUGAAAUUUCUUUUUCAGACUAAACACAGAAUAACCUGUCAACCAAACGGUGUUCAAUUGACUAUAACACACACCUCAGAAAACGGCCUAAAACAUCAGUCCUUUCAAAAUUUUGUUUUUAACUUUAAACUUCCACUUUUCAGUUUUGAGCUCAUGACAUUCCACCUGAGCUGUUCAAGUAGAUCCAGGACAUAAGAAAAGAGCCCCAGGCCAGAUGUGAACCCAGAUUUUCAGAUCGUAUACGUCUCCUCCUGUCUGCUAACUGAGCCACCGGGACACACACCACAAUCUAUUUUUUCCUUUGUCCUUCCCCAUUUAUCUUUCUGGCAUGCAUAUGGGCCUGUGCGCACACACACACACACACGCACAUACACACACUCACAAAUCAGCACCCAAUCACGGUCAUGAAUACCCACCGACUCCCAAGCACGCCCCCUUUUCACCCUCAACCUUGACCUCUUCAUCAACAGCAAAGAGUAAUUUCCAGGUUGUGUUUGCGUUUUGGGAUCUGGCUGCUUAUGUUCACAGGAAGAGUGUUAGCUAUAAGCCUGUUGUCUAGGAGAUAACUUAGUGUCAGAAGAAGGUCAGAGGUUAUGUCUAGAGGUCGGAAGUUCAGGUUAGGGGGGAGAGAAGAGAAGGGAUAGAGCAGUAAUCCACAUGAUGAGAAGAGUACCAGGAAUUAGGCUCAGUAAUCCUUUGCUCAUCUCUUGUUGGGGGCCAGAAGUAGUUCAGGAAGUGUACAGGUAUUUAGGCUCACCAGUUUUCUGGAUUUUCAUUAUAUAUCCUCACCAUUUAGGCUUUCACUUAUCCUGCUAAGAACAGUGUGGGUUGUUAAUACAGAGAACCAAUUAGCCAUAAAGGAAGACGGUAAGACAGCAACCUUGUUCAGAAAUAUCACGACACUUGAAAUUUCACUCAAAUGUUUUAGGAAUGAAUUCCAUUUGUGAAAAAAUACUGCAGUACACGUUAAAUGGAAUUCAAAAAUGUAAAGUUUUUACUGAAAUAUAAAUACAGUUUGUGAAUGAAAUUAUUUUAUGGUGGUUUUCACUAAGUACUUUCAAAAGUAAACGAAAAGAUACAUCCUUAACCCUCUACCUGUAGAAUGAGAGUAAUAAACACAUGGAUAAAGCUGGGGCAUCAAAAGUACAAAAGGUUUUCUCUGGUCUUCUCAAAGCACUUCUACACCGCAUCCCACGUUCACCCAUUCACACCACAUACAUAUGUUGAUGUCAGAGGAUGCUUUGUGAAGCAGCUGAUAGUCUUAACUAAUCCCAUUCACAUGCAUUCACACUCUGCAAUUUGGAGUCCAAGGUCUCACCCGAGGACACUUCAACAUAUGAGCGUGUGAAUCGCUGGAGCUAAGAUCAAACUGCUGACCUUCUCAUUAGACAGUGAUUGUCCUUACCACUGGGCCACAGCAGCAGCCUCAGAUACAUCCAAGAGGGCAAACAAUUACCAUCAAAGUUAACUAACAGUCUGUCCUCUCUUAAUCUCUGUUGGUGGCUAUCAAGCCCCCAAAUCCACUCAAGUGAAGACACGUCACCUUUGAAACAGGUCUUAAACAUCACAUAGUUGAGGUCUUUGUCAUUGAAGAAUAUGAAAUACCACAGGUUUGUGAGGAAGGUCUAUUCCUCGUUGUCUUUGGCUUUAAGGGAUUCAUGGUCAGUUAACAUAUAAACCCAUCUUAUUCUGUUUUUGGUUGAAAAUAGGAGAAAAGUAAAUGAUCUCCAUUUAGGGCUGCCAUGGUUCUUUCGACCUGGUAGGUGAGUAAUAGACAAACCAUUGAAUAUUCAGUUUUUGAGGAAUGAUCGAAUGAUUAUGAUGAUUUGUAUAACUUUGUGAGAUUACUAAUAAGCCUCAUCAGUCAGCGGGACAGCCAGCCAGCCAGCCAGCUGCCAUCGAUCCAUUGAGACAGUCAGCCAGUCAGUCAGUCAUAUCAGACAGGAUUCAUCUAUCUGCCUUUCCAUCCAUCCACCUAUCUGUCGCUGCUUUCUUUUGCUUCCGAUAAGCAGCUUUCCCUGUAAAGCCCCAGAGAGACAGAGAGAGAGCGAGAGACAGGGAAAUGUGGGGGGGUUUAAAGUCUUACAUCCACGAGAUGGUCACCACUACCUAGAGAUGACCUGUAUGUGUUUAUUAUGGGAUGAGAGAUCAGAACACGGUGCAAUCCUCACAAAGAGAUUGGAGAACACACAAAGCAAGAUAAAGGCGGGAACACACACACACACACACACACACAUACACACACAAAGCAAACUCAUAGAAACACGUUCACAUAUGGACCCUCCACACACAUGAAUAGACUGUGUAAUCACUUUAUGUAUAGGUUUGACCCCUAAUUCAUCCGUCAUCACGGUAGGGUCUGAUAGUUCACCAGUUCCACAUGUCUCAUUUCAUUUGGAGGGCUUGUUAAAGGUUAUAUAGGUGAGUGCACAGUCACAGAUUAAAUACGGGAGGCCACCAAACAUAUAGAUGUGAUGCCAUGUUGACAGUAGAGACUCUUGGGAGUAUGACCUUGAAUAGAUUUAAAGCAAUACUCCAUCCCUCUCACUUUCUCUCCCUUAUUUUCACGUUAUUUGUAAUCCUCCCUUCUCCUGUAGUGGACGUGUUGCAGAUCAGGAAGGCAGCCGUUGGAGGUCAUGGGUCAAUACUUGGAGCUAGUUACCAGCUUGGACUGUUGUCACGAAAAGAUGUAAUGAAGCUGUUGUGCAGAGCAUAGAAAUAGGACGCCACUUACAAACUAGAGCCACCACAAGGAUGAUAUGAAAAAUUAAAACAAAGAGCUGACAAUGUGAUACAAGUCUUAAGGACACAGCUGGCCUAAUGAAAACCAUUAAUUGAGACCCAUAUAUCAAUAUAAAGUGUCUUUUUUAUUUUACUACUUAGUUUUACAACUAUUUAUAUUUAUAAAUACUUAUAAAAAUAAGAAGUGAACUGUCUAUUUAAAAAAAAGAUAGACCAUUUUUGUUUUUUCCAUCAAUGUCGAUGUUUCGAUGCUAUGGCUUGUAUCUUUUUGGAUGCAGUUUUAACAGUCUUGGAUCCACUGGAACAAAUGGGUCAUGACAUUAUCUUUGGCCAGCACAGAAGCCAAACUCAUCCACAGACAGUGUGGCUAUGUGGAUCCCUGUGUGCAUUUGUGUGGGCUUUUGCUAUCCACAUAAAUUAGUGCAAGGUUUAUGUGUACUUGUGCACAUAUGCCUGUGUUUGUGCAUAGUUGUGUGUUAAUGUGCAUAUCUUGGCUGGAAAGCAGGGCCAGCCUCAGAUGGGCAGCAGCAGACAUAUUGGUAUGUUUCAACCCAUUAGCCAAUAAAACCGCAGGUAAUCACCAAAAAAACACCUCCAGCUGGAGAGGGAGGAGAGCAUGGGGUGGGAGAGGAAGAGGAGAGGAGAGGGGUUGAGAGGAGUGGUAACGUGGGUUUAGAUACACAACUAGUUGAACUAAGGAAUGAGAGAAAAGGGGGAAAAAGAGAAGAUGGACUGGGCAUUUGGAUGUAGAAAGGAAUUAGAGGCAUGUGUGGUUUUGUGUGUGCAUGUGUGUGUCACAGCAUGGAGGAAGUGGCUCUGGCAGCUGCUGUUUCUGUGGCGUCAGUCCAGCGACACCUGACAACCUGCAUCUAUCACUCCCUUAUUGAGAGAGAGGGAUAAAGGGGAGUGAGGAGGAGGGUAAAGUGUGGGAGUGGGAGGGAUGGGGAGAUAAAAUGGGAAGAGGAAGGCACCAAGAGAGAGAAAAAGGGGGAUAUGAGCCGGAAAGAUGAAGAUGAGAAUGGGAAUCAGUCAAUAGUGUGGUGACAUUUUGGCGAUUAAAGAAUCGGGCAUUUGUACAAAAUUAAAUAAAUAACAUCCAUACCUCCAUAGAAAAAAAUCCCUCAUAUCUUUAAUAGCUUUCAAAAUACAAAUGCAUACUUUUCUUGAAGUGGUUUGGAAGUGUAAAUUGAACUACUGGGCCAUAAUAGGACUAUGUAAAUGCAAAUCCAUUUCAGCGUUUUUUGCAUCUUCCCCUUUUUUGCUGUGUAUUUUUAUUUGCUGUCGAGUAAAACUGUCAGUUAAAAAAAUGAAACUCACACCAAACCUUCAUCAAGACAAAAUUUCAGAUAUAAUGUUGGGAGGGAUGAAAACAAAAGCUGCUCAUAGACUACGUGGAAAAGCACACAACAUUCAUAUUACACUCUGAACAAGAGUGGUCAAUUGUCAUGCGGCAGGUGGACAUUCACACACAUCUCAAAGGAGAUUGCAGGGGAUUUGAGGCCCACAGAUAUCCUUCUUCACCCACACCAACACACACAAACUAACUCACACGUUAUACAUAGGAAGCUCCAAGACCCUCUUUGCUCUGAGCCCAUCCCACUGCACAAUAAAACAGAUAAAGACAGAAAGAAGGACACACACAUACAGACACAGAGCUACACCAUUAUGGUAUAGCCCUUCUUCUAUAAUUUCUGACCCAUUGUCCUGUUUUAGGUUGAUGUCUGAGCAUAUAAAGAGUACAUAGUGGACUUAUUUAUAGGCUACAAAGAUGAAACUCUUCUCUAUUAUGGAACUUAAAUAAAAGCUCACAAGACUUCACUCUUGCUUUAACAGCUUUGUAAUAGAUAUUCUCAAGUCUUUAGAGUUACUGAGAAUUCAACAAUUUAACAAAUGUACAAUAUCCAUCUUUGGUAUCACUUAAAAAAACACAAACAUGACUUAUUUUUAUGGCCUACUGAAGACCAUCUUCACAGUGGCACUCAGCAUACCUAACACAUUAAGCCUUCUCACUACACUCUCUAUAAGUGGCUCUUUACUGCAGUUAUCCAUUCAAUCUGUUUAGCCUUGCACUAACAAGGCUUUUUACUGACCGUCCAUUAACCCACGCAGAUUCUGUGUCAUUAGCACAUUUAGCCUCAGUGCUAGCUAAGUGUCCCACUGAAUAGCUGAAUUCGUCUGCUCUUGCUGUAUCAUCAGCAUGUAAAGGUUGGGUGCAGGCUAACUAGUCCCAUUAGCAGUGUCCAUUAGACUCUGAGGGCCAUUCCUCUAGCAUUUAGCAUGUUUAGCCUGUACUUUAACUAACAAGGCCCAUUAAUGAGCGUCUUGUCAGCCAUUAAGGAGUGUUAGUGCAUUUAGCCCUUUUCCAAGCUAACUAGCCCCCUUAAUCAGCCCAGUAAUGAGAAACAUCCUCUCCACAGCAGCAGUCAAUAGUAAUCACUGUUUACUCUGUUUCAGUGGGAGAUGCAUCGGCUUGCUGGGUUACUGUAAUUGCCAGGUGGGCACAGGAGGAAGGCAACAAUUUGUUAUUUUGGGGUUAACAUCUCAGGAAAAUUGGAUAAACCCUUCUAAACAAAUAAACAUUUAGGAGCCGUGCUUUAACAGCCUAAAAAUGUCCAAACGAAUCAAACAUUGUGUUUUGCUCUGAGCUGAGGGAAAACAAAUACCUAAGUGAAGGAAAUUAGCAGAUGUGGAGCAGAGGGAGGCUGAAAAUAAGAAAACAGAAAGGCUGAAAAAAUAAGGUCGGCAAAAAGGGAGGAAAAAGAGGCUGUAUGUAUGGUUGGAAAAAGAGAUAUAAUUACAAACACACUGCAAACUUGAUAAACAAACAGCCUAUGACAAAAUUCUUGACUAGGUCUCUCUCGCAAAAGAGAUUUUGAAUCUUAAUGAGACAAACCUGUUUAAAUAUAAGUAAUAAUAAAAGAGAAUUAAAGUUGGAAGUACACUGAAGAAGAGUUACGAUGCAAGAGAUGAACAAAACAGUGAUUUCUUUCAAAAUGUACUGUAGCAAGAACUUCUUCAUAACAAAGAGGAAACAAUGAGGCUGUGAUCAAUUCAAGGUAAAAGUGGUUUUAACCUCUAACACACUCAGGUGUUGUUGUUUUAGUUGGCAGAGUUGUUAAGUUAAUAGACUUAAAUGGACUGAUAAUCUGAGCCUGAGCUCUGCACCGGAUUGUUACUGAGUGUACUGAGGCUUGUCACGCAAUCUCAGCCUUCCCAAGAGGUGACCCCCACAUAUAAAUGUAAAAAAAAUUGUUCCACCUUUGUUUGAAUCUGUGGUGCACUUACUGAAAUGUUGUACAGCUCUUGUUCAAACUUCACCACAGGAUGUCAGAUUGUCUUCUUUGAAAGCAAAAGUUUGUGUUGAAGUCAAAAGUCAAGACCAAGGGAGCCGCUCCAAUACUCAUAAAAUGCAAACAUGUAUACUACAUGUAUAUAUCUACAUGUAUAUCUUUGUAUCUUCAUCCAUUCAUAACUUUGAUGUGGAAAAUUUCCAAGAAUUCAUCAACCAGUGCUGUAGAGUACAGGAAAGUCCCAGGUUGUUUGCUAGCCUCCUUGCUGAUGUAUCCGUCUAAAAUGAGCCCUUUUUUCUCUCUUACUCUAACAUGUUUACACACAGGCAACAUUGAGUACAGCUGUCCAGCCACCAACGAGUGCGAGAUCACCAAGAGGAGACGCAAGUCGUGCCAGGCCUGCCGCUUCAUGAAGUGUCUGACUGUGGGCAUGCUGAGGGAGGGUAAGGGAAAAGGUCUCUUAUUUAUCUUUCUCCGUUCACCGUGCUACAUGUAGCAUUUAAAGGCCUUUUGACUACGUUUACUUAUUUGGUCCAAACUUCUAGCAGCCUCAUCACAGCAUCACGUGCUGCUCUACUGUACUUUGUUAGUACUUGAUAUUUCUAAAAGUAUGGCGUCAGUGGUUUACAGUAGAUUACCAUGAUUUAUGGUGUUUGGAAAUGCUACAUGUAGCACAUCUAAGACAUUGUUAAUUGUCUCCUUAACACUUGAUAUAACAUAAUCUAUGUCCACCUUCGUCAUCUACACCUGACCACUCUUAGUGAUUUUUGCCUUCAUGUGUUCAUGAGCGAGUUUCUUCUUAUUCCAUGACUCCUGUCUGCCACUAUGUCUCACCAUCAUUGUUUCACAUUAACUGUGUCAUUCUCUGUCCUGUGUAUGUACAUUUUUAACAAAAGUACUGUACAAUCAUUGCUGCGGGCGUGAUAACUCCAGUGCAAAGAGACUGCAUCCUCAUGUUUAGCAGUUGUUUAGUGUUGAUGAAAGGUACAAAAACACUAAAGAUGUGAUCUGCCCCACACCAUCCUGAUUAGAUACACUCACUCUCUCAUUUUCACACUCCCUCAUUGCCUCUGCUUCUUUCUCUCUCCCUCUCGUCUGCCCACCUCUGACCUUUCUACUCCCACUGCACUUCCAACGAUGAAAGGAGGGAGAGGAGUGGCAAGGGAUGAAGAGGAGGGCCGAUAGAGAGAGAAAGUGUGUGAGAGAGAGAGAGACGCAGGAAUAACAGGAGGAGGGUGGCUCAAGAAAACUAGGGGGAGGAAGGGAGGGAGAAGAGAUUGAUUUAUAGGAGCAGAGGAGAGGGACCAGGGGAGGAUGCGAGGCAGGGGGAGGAUGGUUGAAUGAAGCAGAAAGUGUGUGUGAGAGAGAAAGGAGAAGAAAGGAGGGUCAAGGUUGUAAUUGAUGGGAGACCUGGCCUACGCCCCCUUCCUUACAGUGGUCAGGGAGCGUGCCUCUGCCGACGCCUGCCAGCCCUCCCUCCAUCUAUUCCUGUCUUCAUCUCUCCCUCCAGUUCUCCCACUCCGUGCUAGUCUACAGUUUCUGUUGCUUUUCUUCAGUCUCUCUUCCAUCUGUUCUCCCUUAAGUUUUUCAUUCUCUCCAUCCUGUUUGCAGCACAUCAUUCAAACCUGCAUCCCUUUACCCUCUUAGACACUGUCAAGUGAACCCAUGAUGUUUGGAGGAUAACAUCUAAUGAAAACAAAAUCAUGCACAAAACAACAAAAAAUGGUAUUGCAUGAAAAGGAAUACUUUCACCUUUGCAACCUAAAACAGUAAAAUUGAGUCAUUGCUCCUUAAAAAGAUGAGAAAAUAGUAACGAAAUAAAUUUCUCUUUAUGCAAACAUUAAAUUUUACAUCUUAAGGAAUGGAAAAGUAAACCUUGGAGUUUCAAACACUAAAAAUGUUAAUGUCCCACCAGCUCCAGUUUUACCUCACAGCAAAGCGAGCUCAUCUCUGCCUUUUCCUUCUGUCUACCUUUACACACACACAGACACACACACACACACAUUUUGAACAAGCUGCUGUCGUAGCGUUUGUUCUCCCAGUCGAUCUGACAUCGGCAGAACCCAUGUCUCAUCUCCUGUUUUGUCUCGUGCAUGUGUGUGUUUCCACAAACACAGACACGCACAUACACACACACACACGUGUAAGUGCAUGUAUUAUUGGCAGCUCCGACAGUCUCACAGCUCACACAGCUCAGACUGCAUCCUCUUUUUGGACACAGACACCACAUUGCUUUAUCGAUAAACUCCAGACAGAGCCGUCAUGUGGAAGAUCAUAUUUUUUUUUAUUGUUUACUUCUAACUCGACUUUAAAAUCCAGAUUCUGUUCAGCUGUGAGAACGAGAGGUUUGUAGUUAUGUUAUUGAUUUGAGGAUGCGGUUUGCUCACUAAGCCAUACGAGAGCAGAACUAUGGCAGCAUUUUGUUGCUGCUGCUCCUCCGCUUCACACACAUACAUCAUGCACACGCACACACUUACCUAAGGUUACAUAUAUAUACAUCAACAUGACAGACCACAGCCACCCCAUUUGUUGUACUAGGUGUGAAUUUAAUACAGGAGGCCCCGCUCUACAUAUGAAUAAGGGUCAUUUGGAAAAUUGAUAUACCCAUUUUCUACAUUUUCUCUUUUGUACCCUUCUUGAACUUGGGAAUUUAAAAAUGAUCGAUACCAAUACACACUAGGAGCCUUUCCACAAAGGCUCCUUUUCCCCCUAGCCUUGUUGACACACACGUGUUAUAUUCAAAACCCUCUGUGGAUUCAUCUCUAAAACAAACACACUUUUUUUUUUCACAUAACAAGGUGAGGUUGUUCAGAGAGAUCCUAAAUAUUCAUAUAUCCAACAAUGGGCUGAUAAAAACAUAGACAGUGACAUCACCCAUUGGUUUUUGCAGAGGUGUCAUUUAGCCUAAUGAUGAUAGUCGCCAUAUUGGAGAUGCUAUCUCCCCCUAACUUUCUAUCAACUUUGGUUUGUUAGUUUGUUUUCAAAGCUCUCUGCUGUGGUUGUCUCUGCUGCUGUGUUGAUUGUCGUAUCAUCUCUGUCUCUACACUUCACCUGCUGUUCAUGUGCAAACUGCGCCCUUCAGCUGUGUUGUGUUAAUUUUGAGGGACAUGCACAGCUGAAGCACCAAAUGAUGAAGGCUGGAAACGUGUCUAGUCCUGCCGUACAGAUAGAAUGUAAAUAAGCCCAUGUUUUGUGGAAUCAGGUAGAAAUCGUCCUCAGUGAGAACAUACAUCUUCAUUCAAAAAAGCAGCACACAUGAAUAAUAAAUGGUUUCACUGCCUGGUUCUUAUUAUAGCACUUUUUACUAAUGCUUUUAACAUUUGAGAGCAUUGCCUGCCAUGUUUUCCACUGCUGCCCUCCUGGACGUUAGCCUCGUUGAAGCAGAAUUAUGAAGAUAGUAAUGCUAAGUGGCUAGAUCAGUUAGCAUCAGACCUAACUUUGGCUGUCAGGGGCUAGCUCACGGGAGAAAGGUGAAGAUAAAGCGGUGAGGGUGGAAUGGGAGUGAACUUGGGGUGUGUGUGUGUGUGUGUGUGUGUGUGUGUGUGUGUGUGUGUGUGUGUGUGUGUGUGUGUGUGUGUGUGUGUGUGUGUGUGUGUGUGUGUGUGUGUGUGUGUGUGUGUGUACAUGCUGUAGUUUAUCCCUUAGGGCAAGAUCUGCCUCAAAUUAGCUUUGUCGCCCUGAGAGACAGAGAGGGUGAGAUGAAGAGCAAGUGAGGCAGCAAGGAAGUGUGUGUGUGUGUGUGUGUGUGUGUGUGUGUGUGUGUGUGUGUGUGUGUGUGUGUGUGUGUGUGUGUGUGUGUGUGUGUGUGUGUGUGAGGAAAAGAUAGACGAACAAGAGGCCAGAGGGUCAGUAAAUCACCUCAGAGUGGAGCUUUUUCUUUACAUGCUCUUUCUUUUAAACACACACCUGAUCAUGUGAAUAAUCUCACACACACACAGCCCAGUCUGUAAGAAAAAAUUGGAUGUUUUUUUUGCCAGAGGAGAAGAGAGCAAUGAACAAGCUGAGGGGGGGUGAUCCGAAGGAAUGAACGAACAAACGGUGGGCGCCCACCCACCAAUAUGUAGCAGCUAAUUUCUGGAGCGAGGCAAUUAAAAGGCCUGACUAUAUUAUGAGAACUUCCCCUCUGGCAAUGGCUGUCUGUCCAUUUUUAAUGAGGUCAUAAUGAUGCGUCAGCUGAAGACCAAAAGGUCACAGGGGCGGGGCUUAAAUCUGCCAGGAGAGGGGGGAGGUAGUAGGAGAACAGUGGCGUUGUAACAGAUAGAAGAUUCGACUGAAGCAAAAACGAGCACAUUCGACAAAAUUUUCAGAAAACGAUAUCCAUGUUUUGAAAAUGACUGCAAACAAGCCGAGGUGUUUUAGCUGUCACAGUUAUUCCUGUUCUAUCUGGCAAGGCAAGACAGAUAUAAUGCAUUCAAAUUGAGCAGUAAUGCGUGGAAUUGUCAUGAACAGAAUACAAAACACAGAUCAGACAUUUAAACAUGAAAGCUUUGGCAGAGGCACACAGUCCAGGAGCCAGCAGCAUUCAGUCAGCACGUAUAUUGUACAUAUGGUCAUAUUGACAGACCUGCUCCCUUACAUCGCAGCAGCUUUGAUGAUGGCACGUCUGAUGAAUCAUGCUUAAACACACAGAAUGUGUUUAAACCAAAACCAAAGCCUCCAUUUCCGUACUGCUGUAAACGGCCAGCUGGAUUUAGAGACCACAAACUGCAAAUAUAAACCUUGGCACACUGCCCCACACACACACACACACAAACACAUAUACUCACACACUCUAAGCUCAUGCCAACUUUGGCCGCGCUCCCUACGGCCUCUAAGACCUAAUGAGUGAGAUCGGGUGGAAGGCCCCAGUCUGUGAGAGAUUUUGGUGCCUGUGUAUGAGUGUGUGAGUGUGUUUGGUGUUCGCAUACAGCUGGUCGUCUGCGUCAUAAGCGUUCUCAUAGCUCAAUGAUCCCGACUCCUGCUAUCAGAUCUCAUGGCUGCACAUGUAUGCAGCUACAAACGCCUCAAUCGAGAGGACUUGCUGACAUGUUAAGUCGCUAAAUUGUUAAAAACAAAUCACCCCUCGAAAAAGACACAUUUCUUAAAGAGUGUCAGUGAAUGGAAAGUUUGUAGAGUGAAAAAACAUAUCAAGGAAAACACUGUUCUGAGGCCAUAUAAAAAAAAUGAAGGAGGAAGAAAUGAAAGUAGAGGAUCAUCAUAGGAGGAGAGAAUGAGUGAUGGGGAGAGGAGAGGAGACAAGAGGAGAGGACAUGGGGAAACAGAGGAGGGAAGCGCCAGACAACUGGUGGCGUCUGGUGUCCCCCCAAGGGAAACUUGUAGCUAAAUCUGGCCCUGUAGCGUCUGUCCUGAGCAAGUGUGUGUGAGUGUUUGUGUGUGUGAGUGGCAUCUGGUUGCAUCCCGGCUAGAAAGGAGCGAUAAUGGAAAUACUGUGAUGGGUGAUCUGCCUAAGUGGUCUGCUUUCUUUCUCAUGCACAUUCUUUUACUUUGUCGUGAAAGGUAGGGGAUGUGACAAGAACACUGUCAAUGAAGACUUAAAACAAAUCUAGCUAUAGUUUUAGCUGUAUUCAAAGGUUUACAAAGAGCUGUUUUCAAAAAAAUCUGACACAAAGUCUUUUCAGGAAGUGUGACCACAAAAUCAAGUUGGAUGCAAGACUCUACAACAAAUGAGACAGGAAGUAAAUACUAAAGUAGAAAAAGCGAUUUUCUACAGCUAUGAUCAUUUUCAGCGAAUAUUUAGAAGAGAAUUAAGUAUUUCAUUUAAGAAUUAAAUAUCAAGUAAUUGAUCCUUGAAUUAGGCUGGGCAAUAAACCGAAAAUUUACCGAUACUGAAAUUUACAUCAAUAACUGGCGCCAUUUUGCCCAUAUCGGUAUAUUCAGUGUCAAAUAAAUAAAUAAAUAAAAGUUGGUUUUGGAUGUGUGUAGGUAGGCUAUGGUCUCAUAUCCCUUUAAAACCUAUGUCGGAGACGUGACUCCACCCCACUCAGUUCGUGAGGAGAUGGAGCAACUUGAGUGGCAGCUGAAGUAGACAAAGUUAAUGUGGGAGGGGGUGACCAGCUUGUUGAGUGGUUAUCGUCCAUUUAUCGUUAUCGAGGUGAACUGCUCAAUAUAUCGUGAUAUUGAUUUGAGGCCAUAUCGCCCAGCCCUACCUUGAAUAUUUGGGAUGUGGGGCAUCAGUGGUGAAGUCCUGCAGCUUGUGUUAAGAAAGCCUCAAUCCUCAAGCAGUCUGGGUUGAUUCCAACCUCCACUCCCUACUCUCUCUCCUUGUUUCCUCCCCUAUCCUCUCUCCUGUCCUCUCUGAAUUUAAGACAAAGCCCCAAAAUGUACAACCUAGAAACAAAUCAUCAUUUGGUGUUAUAAAAGAGACUAUUGUUAUUUCAAAAAAAAAAGCAACACUUUUGGACGUGACAUGCUCUCACACACAUACCCACAUUCAUACACACACAUGCAAAUAUUCACACACCAGUGACAGCCACCUGCCCGCUGCCUCAGGCAGUUCUGUUGUGAUCUGUUCUGGUCUAAACAAACGUCACCGCACGACACCACUCACACUUUCCCCUUAACCUCAAAUCCACCCCUCUCACAUACUCGCUUUUUUUUCUUUCCAUCCCGGAGCUGUCUUUUAUCAGAUUUUCUAUUUCAAGAAUAAAUAAUUAUACAAAAUAACUAGAAAUCUCACUCUGAACACUGUUUCUUUCACGUAAGAAGUCACCCAGGCAGACCAAAAACAAGAAAAAAAUCCUCUAGCUGUUUCCUGUUUUUUCUGUUUCUUUAUGGUGAUAUUCCCUUCUCUCCCUCACUCAAAGAUACAGAAGUACACACUCACUCACACACACACAGAUUUAAACGGGUCUGUUGUCUUACCCAAUCUACUCUCCCAUCAGUUCUUUAACCCACAUAGGAAAACCCUUUAUGUUAUUACAUCAACACUGCGGUUUAACACACACACACUCACAAAUACACACUCUCAGAAGCAUAAGGUGAUAACCUGGUCUAAGGUGGAAGAGAGACUUCAACCCUGUUACAACUUCAAUUACCAUAAAACUCUCUCUCUCUCACUCGGUUCCCCCAUCUCUGCCUCUUUAAAUUCUCUCUUCCUCUUCUUCUUUAUGCUAUCUCUCCUUCUCUUUUUUUAUAUCAACAGAAAUCAAUCAUUUCAUUUGUCUUCCUACUCCUCUCUCCACUCCAUCCCUCACUCCUGUUCACUCCUUCUUCUUUCAUUCUCUUAUCAUAUCAUUGACCAUCUGAAAUCAAUCCAUUUUGUGUCUUUCUCUGCUUUUUUUUCCCUUUUUCUCCCUCCCUUUUGUGUCGCUUCUCUCUUCAAAAGCACUUAAGUGUCAAAGGCAUUUCAAUGGCAAUCCCUCAACUGUUAAAACACACACACGCACACACACAUCCACACACACACACACACACAUAUGCUGACAUAGAGUGACGCCAUGGCAGUGUAAAAUCUAUGUUGAUGUGAUCAGUGCGGAUCGUGCUAUCGACAGGCAGCAAUAUUCCCACGAUAGGAAAGAUUCACCUUCAUCACUGUCACUGUGUGUGUUUGUGUGUGUGGACAUGGCUGUGUGGACAACAUGUGAUCAGAGUGGUGCAACAUUGUGGAAAGAGGGAACAGGUAAAGGUAAAAAAAGAUAUCAUUACAAGUACUGUUUACAACUAGGGGGUGAAAAAAAAAAUUGAGACUGGCCUUUUGUGUAUAUAUGUGUGUGUGCAUGUGUGUGUGUGUGUGUAGAGGUAGAGUCAGUAGACUGAGUAGAGGUGCACCGUUAGUUGACAUAAUAAUUAAAGGAUAUAAUUAAGGUGUGUAACCUCUGUGGGUUUCCUCUCUUUCAUGAAUCUCUUCUUUUCUUUCAUUGUUCUGUUCCUAUCUCAUUUCCUUUUAUAACUCCUCACUUCAUCCCCCUUUUCUGCGCUACACAAUUUUUUCCUCUUUUGUUUACUAACCCAUCCAUUACAGACCCCCACUACGCUUUGCUCUCAUUUCCCAACCUAUGCUCCAUACCCCUCUCUUCUUUGUUCUCUUUUUUUUCCAAACUUACUUUAUAAUAUUCUUUCUUUUAUGCUUUUUAUCUAAAUUUUGUCUUUUCCCUCAAUUUUUUAUUCCAUUUCUUACCGUUAUCCGCUGUUCAAUUAUUCUACUCCUUGUCUUUUUCUUCCUCUUUACAUUUUUUUAUCCUUACAUUCCCCCUCUCCCAAGAACCCCCUCCUCUCCUCUCCUCUCCUCUCCUCUCCUCAGUCCUCCCCUCCUCUCCUCUCCUACCCAUUCUUUACGAUUUGAAGGCUCAUUUGUUAAGAGGAGGUAGAACUCUUUCGCUCUCCCCCUAGCCUCUUCCUGUCUCUUUUUUGUGGGCUUUGGAAAUAUAAUUUUCAAUUUUUAAUUUGAUUCAUUUAGAUUUGAUCAUUAAUCAGUGCUGAGAGAGAGUUAAUUUGGUGGAAAAUAGAUGAGGUAGUUAGAGAGGGCUCUUUAUAAAGUGAGCUCAGAACACUCUGGGUCUUUUAGGUGUGAGGAAGAGGGAAAGAAAAAAAGGAGUCUGCAUGUCAGAGUGUGUGUGUGUGGAAGUGGAAAUGUGUGUCUGCUAGUGGAGGAAUAGAAGAGGAAGUGUGUUGAUAAAAUACUUGAAGUCUUCGCAAAUUUGUGUACAAAUAAACAAUUGCUGAACAGAAUCUCAAAUUUUACUGCUGGAAUGGAUAACAAGAUACUCAAAUCCCUCCAGUAGUCGCUUUGCAUUUUGCCUUUUUUUCUUUUGUUUUCACUCCUUGGUGCUCUCAUAAAUGAUCUUCAGGCCUUCUAUUGCCACCUGUCCAUUAAAAAUUCUAAUACAUUUUGAUUUUGCUGCAAAUAUCUACCUUUUCCCGCCGUCUGCUUUUUGCCUUUCACUCUCCUCAUCUGACCAGCCUCUGACCCAGGUAGUGACUGACCAAGCCUUUUCUUACAGCUAAACCCGAACACAACAUGAGGGUGUGUGUGUUAGAGUUUAUGUGUGAAUAUGUGUGUGUGUGUGUGCCAGAGAAAGGACAGAGUGGGUGUGUGAGUGUGUUUGUUUAUACCCCCUGGUGCUAAGAGUUUCUUGACCGUUUGCUGACACUGCCUCCCCCCCGAUCGUACCUGGACUGUCAGCCCUUCUGUCUUCUUAUUCCUGUCUCGAGUACACCCGUAUACACACACACACAUACACACACUCUCAGAUAUGUUCAGGUCACUUGUCCGACUGCUGCCAGAGCUCAUUUUAGGUUCCGAAACGACUACAUUUCCAUUACAAACUAAGCCACUCAAGUCACUGUGAAAGGCUUUGAGCAAACCUGCAGCUGCUGAACAAGAUGUGACACAGCAUGUAAAACAUUUCAUGUAGGUGUAAAACAUACAUAAAAGCAGAUGUUCAUGGUUAGCAAAUCAUUUAGACCCUGAGUGUGAUUAAUUGUAGACAAUAAGUUACCAUCAAAGACAACAGGUCAAAUGUUGAAUCUGGAAAAUGUUAUUAUAUGGAGGAAAAAUGCUCAUUCAAGAUCUGAAGCCUACAACAACUUCCCCAAUAGUUGGGACAUGGACAUAUUUAACAUUGUGCUGCAUCAUCUUGUCUUUCAACAACAUUUUUGGGCACUUUAGAGACCAGUUAUGGGAUUUGACAGUGAAUCCCAUUUUUGCCUGAUAUAGGAUUUCAGCUGCUCAACAGUUCAGGGUCACUUUUGUCAUAAUUUUACUGUCAUGACCCACUAAACAUGAGGGCAGGCUGGACACCCAGACUCUUCUACCACGGAGCCAUGCUGUUGUGAUGCAAAAUGUAGUUUGUAGUUAAAAAAAAAAAACUUUUACUCUGUCUUUACCUCUAACUCUCACACAUCUCACUUAAUCAGUGUGUUGAUAAAGUUCCUGCAGACUUGUUUUAGUAGCAAAGGUGGGCAUCUGUGGUUGUUUUAACUCCCAGUUUCUCUUGUGUUUAUUGGGAUACCUCCACUGCACCCUUUCUAACUGUAAAUAUUUUCUGUCCGCUUUAGUUAACAGGUCAUUUCUUUAAGUAAAGUUGAUGUUUGUAUACCAAAGAAGUCUAGAGAAACAUCUUUACUGAUGUAAUAUCCAAUCAACAGUUGUAAAUUACUCAAAGAUAUUGGGGAUAAACAGGCAGGUUUUAAACAUUCCCUCAGCUCUUUUUCAGCACUUAUUUUAGAUCUUCCUCAAAAUUACCUAAGAUUUAGUUAAGAAAAAAAAAACUGACUGCUCUUUUUGGAUUCCUCUCCUCCUCUCUCCUCUUCUCUCCUCCUCGGGGGCACAUGACACCUCUGUCUUCCUUAUCCAUCUUUAAGUGGUAACCACGGUAACAUCCAAUCCCUUGAGAGAUAGGCCUAAUUAAAUUAGGACUCCUUUGUGUCAAUUAAUUAACGAGACACAGAGAGGGAGACAGAGAUUGGGAAAGAGACAGGGAAAGAGUCAGAAAGCCAGGGAAAGUGUGUGUGUGUGAGAGAGAGAGAGAGAGAGGCCUUUACCCAGAUGGUGUCUCUAUAAAUUAAUCUUGUUGGAGAAUAAAAGAGGCACGCAGGUUCAGAAAGCUUGACAAGAACUUAAAACAGGGUACCUGCAUAUCAGACAAAUGAACACACAUGCAUGCACUGCAGAAACAGACCAUUUAUCACCACUUCAGUCACAUCUCAUACGUACUCUUCCUCUUUUUUCCCUUCCCUCCUCCCUUCAUUUCCACUUUCUCUUUGUGUUUCGUCACAAGUUAAUUUGUGUACUCUUGAAUCCUACGUCACGCACAGCAAAGUGAUACACUUCUUUCCUUUCUCUCAGGUGUUCGUCUGGACAGGGUUCGCGGAGGCAGACAAAAGUACAAACGCCGGAUAGAUGCCGACAACAGUCCAUACUUGAACCCACAGCUGGCUCUGCCCGCUAAGAAGCCAUGUAAGGACCCACAGAAACUGUAACUUUUAAAGAACGUGUGUAAUGGGCUCUUUUCUCUUCAAGGUUGAUGAGUGACUCUCAAGGACAGAUUCUUGCAAACUUGUCCUUGGUGUGAAGAAACUCUAUACAUUGAUGUAUGUGCUGCAGCGGUGUAAACAUCUUAUCCGGUGUGCCAGAGAGAACAAUGAAAGACAAACUGAACAAAAAAAGAAAAUCCCCCCCUAGAACAAUGGAAAAUAUUUAAGUUCCUGCACAUCAACUCAAUAUGUGCAGGUAACGUUCAUGUAGUGUGUGAUCGUCAUCAUCGUUGAGGGACCAGAACAACAAGAGACUGCCUUCUUCUUUCCGUUGGUCUCUAUCCUGAUGGAGACAGUUGGACAGUAAAAACAUUUAAACACACGCCUCGACACACAAACACAGACGCACACACAUAAAUAGACACGGUAGUGAGAAGCCCAUCUGUUUGAGACCAAGUUUAUCUCCCUGCCUCUACUGCUACCAGUUUGGGGUCAUAACAUUUUAUAUGUGUAAUAUUUCACUAUAAAGGUAUUCAUUUAGCUCCGCAUGGAUUGGCUGCGUUUUUUAGAGAAUAAAACCAUGGCCAAAGCCUGAUGAUUGAAAAAUUAACAAGGGAGAGAGGGAGUGGGAGUGGCAGAGAGACAGGUGGAGAGAGAGAGAGAGAGAGAGAGAGAGAGAGAGAGAGAGAGAGAGAGAGAGAGAGGAUAAAUGAGAACAUGUCUCAGAGAGAGAGAGAGAAAAUAGGGGAGGGAGUGAGAGGAAGGAAGGGAAGGGGACCAGCCAGAACCCUAAUCCGGAUUAAAUCCAAUCUGGCAACCACAUCAAACUAGAGUUAGCUCUUUAGCUAACCGUCUGCUCACAUGCACGCACACACACUCAUGCAGUGCAGAUUGAGCAGUGUUUAGCAGCUUGGUCCCCAAAGCCCAUUUUGCUUAAAGCUUGAGCAUAUUCUGCUUUAGGCCAAUAUGCUGAAUGGCUGCACCACAGCUUACCGGGACUUCAGCACCACUAAUCAUCGAAAUGAUGGGAUAAUAUGAAGCAUGCGCACCCUCUGUGUGCAAUUAUAAUGUAUUUGUUUGCAUACAUGAAGCUUGUGUGUGUCCCAGCAAACUGAAUGGCUUCUCUAGUGCGCUUUAGACCAAUUUUCUUAAACCGGAUAAGUGAUAUUUAGCUCUUAAAUCCUUUUUGUGUUUUAUCAAGGAUUUGUCCAGUUUUGAAGGAGUCGUUCACUAAAAUCAACAACCGCCACUCCAAGUAGUUAUUCACAUCAAUUUCUGUUUAAAAUCUUUAAAUAUCUCUAAAACAACUUACAUUUGAACACCAAAAUAUACAGGCUUGUAGAAGACUUCCAAGGUAUCUGUUGUUCUUUUUUUCUUUCGCACACAGUUGAUAAAAAAAUCACACAAAAAUCUUUCUGUCCCUCUGUCUCUGUCUCUCAGAUACACGCACACAGCCUAUCUAUCUGUAGCCCAAUCCCUAGCCUCAUCGUCCCCCAUUGAUUGUGUGAGAACAGAACAAUAGCCCAGGGUUUGGAAAUGGGCUUCCAUUGAUUCUAAUUAGGGAAACAUUAAAUAAGAUUUACCCACAGAUACUGCACUGUGACUGGGAUUGGUUUGGCUCAAACGACCCUGGAGCUGGAGCUAGAGGGAAGAAGAUGGAGUAAAUGUAUUUGUACAUAUAUAUAUAUGCAGAGGGAACAAUAAAAGACAAGGUUGAUUUAUUUUUACAUGUUUAAAUAUAUCUUUAUAUAUACACACAUAUAAAUGUAUAUUUGUAGGUUCUUGUUUGUAGAUACAAAAUUGUUGAUGGAGAUCAUUAGAUCAAUACACCCCCAGCUCUGUCUCUCUCUCUCUUGCUGUUUAUCUCUAUCUAACUGUCACUCUCUCCUCUCUUCCUGUCUGUCGUUAACAAUCUGCCCACAACUCUAUUCCUACCUGUCUGUCUUCCUCUGUUUUUCUCCCUCCCUUUUUUUCUUUCCCUCUCUCUCUUCUCUAUCUCCCUCACUCCCCUCUUGCUCUUCUUUCCUCUGUUAUUAUUCCCAUGCUUGAUUAGUCAGUGGAUUAAUUUGGAAGCAGGGUAUCAGUCUGUUACUAAUGGGCCAUAGAGAUCUCAUCACCACAUGUCACCAUUACCAGCUGAGCUGUUUGGCUUUCAGAGUUAUCUUUCCCUCCUGUACGUGUCAGCAAAGCUUCUUAAGGCUGUGAUACAAAAAGACAGCAUUUUGUGCUACCUGAAUCACCAGUAGUAAUUGCCUUUAAUCACACCUCGAAGCGUCUCCUAAAGAGGAAACCUCUCAAUCAUUUUUAUUCAUCUUUAGUCCUGCUGAAUUACUGGAAUCAAAUCAAUUAUCUCACGGUUCAUCACUGAAAAAAUCCUCGGGACAUUUUAACAACAAAUAGGAGACAAGCUUCUUCUUGCUGUAUUUUUCAUACAUAAAAUGGGUUUAAAUCUGUCCAAUAUGCUCUAUUUUAUGAUACAGAACAUUUAAUGGAAUAUUAUUACACUCUAAAUCUGUUUUUUAAACGCUUAUUUCAAACCUUUGAUACUUGUAUCUCUUUCAGUGCUUCUUCAAGUCAAGUUAGUUGCAGACCAAGAGAUUCAAGUAAAAGAAUACAGUACCUAAAUAUAUAUAUAUAUACAUAUAUAUUAGUCCAGUGGUCCAGUCAGCUUUUUUCCAUCCUGAGGAAAAACCUUUUGAAAUAUGUAUUAUCUAAUAAAGCGUGUUUGUAGGCAUGCUCCGAUAUGGUGUGGAACAGUUUGUAGCAUACUGCAGCAAAAAUUCACCAUCUCUCUGUCUCUGUGUCUUUCUCCUUGUCUGGUGGUCAUGUCAGUUGCCUUUGGCUGCCUUGCAGAUAACAAAAUCGUCUCUCACCUGCUGGUGGCCGAGCCAGAGAAGAUUUACGCCAUGCCUGACCCAACAGUACCAGACAGCGACAUCAAGGCCCUGACUACGCUCUGUGACCUGGCUGACAGAGAGCUGGUGGUCAACAUUGGCUGGGCCAAACAUAUUCCAGGUAGGAGAGGAAAAUCCCUGAACCCUGACUUUCAAACUCAACCUAACCUGACCCCAUGUUGGGACACCCACAGUUUGGACAUCCAGGCCGUUUCUCCCAUUUCCAGAGUGUUGGAAACAUCAUACACACACGCACAUACCCACAUGCUUUUGCUGUGUGUGCUGGCAGAGAAAGCACAAGGUCAGAAUGGUUUAGGCACACUUAACAUGCAUACUAGUUCAUCUCAUUCUAAGAUGUGACCUUUCACCUUAAUCCUUGCAUCCAGACUGUCUGAACUGUUGACUCCUCCAACAGACCAAACAAUUGGUCCGCUUAUAUCACACCCUCGCACAAACGCCUUGACAAAUACCCUCAAGCUAACAUACAGUAUAUAAUUUCUGACCUUUUGAACCCACAAUCCAAUCCCCUUACCUUCAACCUGCGUAUUUGUGGGUGUGUGUCUACGCGUAUGUGUGUGUGUGUGUUUGUGUGUCUGCAGUCACUGUAUUGAAUAUGACUAAGCUCUCUUAAACCACAGCUUUACUUUACUGAACUAUGUUUGUUCUAGAUUUAAAUGAAACAAAAAAGUCUCUGAAAUUAUACAAAAAUGUUAAACAACAGCAGCCGAAAUCUGCUUUAAUCUUUGUGUUUUUUUCUUUCUGGGGUGAUUCAAAAAACACAGUAUGUAUAUGGAUAUAAACAAGAUUUAAGGUCUCUCUUGAUUUACACCAUUAGUGGUUAAAAAAAAAACCAAUUCUCUUUUAACAAGGAAGGGAGUAAAUAAAACACAGAAAAGAUAAACAAAAAUGUUGAAUUGUAAGCAGGUAACAUUUUAUUUUUUAUUUAUACGGGGGGGGGGGGUUAGCCCAUUGUGCAUUGGUGCCUCUGUCCAGGGUCAUUACUAAAACAUAAGUACAUACAUUUUAGUGUGCUUUAAACCAACCCUUGUUUUAAAAUCCUUCUGAAAUUAGAAACAGAUGACAAGAUUACCAAAUGAAAUGAAAUUUAGAUACAAAUUGAGCCAAAAAGACUCAGAGCAGAGCAUCUAAAUGUCAAAUAAAGAGGAGGACAUGGAGAGAAAGGUAUAAUAAGAGUAGAUGAAAGCUAUAAUCUGGUUUUGGUUUUAAUGAGGGGCUUACUGUUACAGCGCUGGAGAAGGAAAAGCAGUAUCUCAGAUUAACACAGAUUAGUGCAAAGAUUAGUUACAGUGAUGGCUGAAACUACGGCUAUGAAAAAGAAUAAGAAUGACAACAAUAGAAAAGAAUCAAAUCAUCCUCUGCUGCCAAUUCUAAAUUGCUCCUCUGUAUGUGAAAGCAUAGAGGGAAACACCAGAUUAGAGGCAUAAAUACCUCUUAGUCAUGCUGCUUGAAUCUAUAACAAUAAAGUCAGUGGUGUUGGAUAACAGGAUCUCCCAGUGAUAUUUUUUAUAUCUUUUCAAUAAAUGUGAAAAUGGCAAAGAAAGGGAGAAGAAUAGAAAUGGAGAGAGAAAGAAAAGAAGAGAUGAGGAUAUACAUUUCUUCUUGUUAGUGUAUUGAUCUAUGUGCUGCUAUAUGGGCUGAAAGCAGACAUAUAUAUUGAUCCAUACACCAAACAUAGCUCUUUGAAUAUUUAUUUUUGCUCUCAAAACAACAUAUAGCCUCUUUCCUAUACGGUCUCCUAUCCUCUAAUCUUCCUGACCUGUGUUAUACUCCUUUUGUUUUCUCUUUUAAUCCAUUUAUCCCUCUCUCCUACCUUGUGUCUCUCUAUUUCCACCUACUACAUCUCAUACACACACACACACACACACACACAAACACCCACAUGCACACGCAGAGAACUCAGAGUCAUGUAAACAUACACCAACACACAGGAUGUUUAUUCACGCACAGGUCUUUCUUUUUCCUUUGCUCGCUACUUUUACAAGUAAGUACGAGUUAGCCAGGUUAUGUGGUGAGCAGAGUGUGUGUGUCUGUGUGUGUGUGUGUGUGUGUGUGCUGCUUUCUGUGUGGAGGGAGCGAAGCGCAACGAUUGCUUGGCGGAGGAGAGAAGAUGGCGUGAUUAGAUGAACGAGAAAGGCAAUCCGCUGCUCUGAGAGAAAGAUAGAACUCUUCAUCUUCCAAGUACGUGCAUGUGUGUAUGUGUGCGUGUGUGUGUGGGGUAAGCACUUUAUGAAAUCCUCAUUGUUUACAACACUGAACACUGAUCUAAUACUCACCUUCCUACACACACACUCAAACACACACAUAAAACCAUGUCCACACAAAAAGUGAUCUACAGUUCACGGAGGAUGGAGAGGAUUGUCAGAAAGAAAUAUACCUCCUUAACAUUCUUUAUCAGGCUCUAACACACACUGACACACACACACACACACAAACAAGCAGGCUACCAAUAACUAGUCCACAUUGACUUAAGUCUUGAAUGGAAGAGACUUAAAAUUGACACGUUAACCUUUUUUUGUAGCUCUCUUGUUCAAAAUCUUGUCAACUGUGCGUGCGUGUGCGUGCGUAUAUGUGCGUGUCUACAAUUCCAUAGGGUGUACAUGUGAACACGCCUGUCUUUGCUCGCCAUGCUACAGUAAUUUUUUUAAUCAAAUUGAUGGAGAGAGACAGAGAAACAAAGAGAAAAAAGACAGCGGCAGAGUGAGGAAGGGUGCAGCCAAUUUAUGCUUCAUGAUAUGGCUGCGCAGCGCCGCAUACACACGCAUAAACGCGCACGCACGUACGCGCACGCACGAGCUGCUAACAGUGGUAACAACGUGUCAAGGCGAGCGCCAGGCAGCUAAUUUGAAGUCAUUAGAUGUCUGCCGUACUGGCAACAAUUUGUUACGCUCACACACGGACAAACACACACACACAAAACCACGUCACAUACACACACUGAGUUAAGAGCCGUCUGCGGAUAGCGAGGAGGCUAAAUUGUAAACUAAUUUAAACAUCACUCAGCGUUAGAGAGGCUGCCUGCAAGACAGGCCCCCGGAUAACAAGGCUAGGCUACCAGUGUUUGUGUGUGUGUGUGUGUGUGUGUGUGUGUGUGUGUGUGUGUGUGUGUGUGUGUGUGUGUGUGUGUGUGUGUGUGCGUGUGUGUGCUAGCUGUGUGUGACACACAGACUCACCCAACCUUAGAGACUUGUGACAACACACAUAUAUGCACAUAUCUCUUUGAUUGGUUCUUUUAUUCUAAGGCUCUAUGUGUGUGUGUGCGUGCAUGUGUGUACAUGUGUGUGUGCUCAUUUCCAUACUGAUAUGGCCUAUAUGCAAACAUUUGAUAUGUCAUUAGAAGGGGAAAAUGAGGUUUCAGACACAGUGUGUGUCUCUUGUUUCCCUCCAGGAAUGGGACCCUAACGCACUCAGGCACCUCACACAUGCACGUCUGCUUUCAAAGGCAGAGAUGAAAUACAUGCAAACACAUAAACAAGUUUCAGACGGCCUUUCACUGUUCAGAGCUGGAAGAUAUCACAAACUCGUGGCCACACACAAAUACACAUACCUGUUUCUGUAUUUUUAAUAUAAAUAUAUGAGCAAAUCACAGACUCUGGAAACUGGAACAUGUUUUUAGAGACAUUCAAAGGCUUUGGCAUCCCGUAUUAUGGAUUAUUACAGAGGAAAUCUUAGUUUAAUAGCCCAAAGAGACAACUCCAACUGUGAGUUAGGCUGUAUGUCAUUGUCAAGAGUGAGUGUGUAGGAAUGAGUGGACGGUGGAGCGACAAGGAGCGGUCAGGUGAGUGGAGGAGGAGGAGAACAGCAAAUAUUUAAACAGCAGAGAAUGAGCAAGUGAAUUAAAAGAAAGAAAGAGGGCAUUCAAAAUGAGCCAUUUAUCUGUCUGUAGAAUUAGUCUUUUCAUCCUCUCUUUUCACUUCUCUUACUCCCUUACUCCUUCUCUCUCUCCCUCUCUCUCUCUCUCUCUCUCCAUAAUAACUAAAUGACUACCGGGCAGUCAUGCCAGCAGCUCUUAUCUCUACUCGCGGACACAAAAGGGAAAGACAGACAGGCGAGCACUUGACUUGACGAAAAGAGCAAGGAACGAACAAAUGAAUGAAUCAAUGAAUGAGAGGCAGAACCUAUAACACAGCCUAUUUUACCAGAACCAGGGGCUUUGCCAUUAGUGUUUUUUAUGACCCCUCCCCCAUUCUUUCUUUAUUCAGGAAAGAAAUUGCUCUCGGGCCGCCCCCCACUUCCCCUCCACUAUUCUCUUGCUUCUCUAUCUCUUCUUACUUGCUCCUUUUUCAUGCAGUCUGUCUCCCUCUCUUCCUUUCCUUCCCCUUUCAAUUUUGACACUCAGGAUAAGCGGUCUAUGUGUCGGCAGUAAGGCAGUAUGAUUGAGCUGUAAAAAAUGGGGGGAAGGGCGAAGGAGGGGGGCUCUGUCUGUCUUUUCAUUUUAAUCCACCUUUAUGGAGAAGGGGUAUGGAUAGAGUUGGUGAUAGGAUAGUAGGUGACAUGUGGAGUCCUGUUGUUUCAUGUUGUGCAUGCUUCUCUCUGUCAUUAUCAUUUCUCUCGUCUCUUCUCCUGUCUCUUUCUUUUUCUCGUUUGGAGUUUAGAAUGAGCAAGGGUGUUGAAGGACCCCAUGGAGGUGCUAAAAUAAGAGUGAGGUUUAGUUUGAGAUGAUUGGGAGCCUCUGUUUUAUGUCACGGAUGGUGACUGUUAGCACAACUCCAUAAACUCUGACAUUUCCUGCCGCCAAGACGAUUUUGCUUCUUGUUUGUUUCAUGGGUUAAGAAAGUAAAGGGUAUCCUCUUCGUUGGAGCCUGGGUUUCCAAAAUAGGUCAUCAUCAUCAUCUCAAAAGUAUAUUUUCUUAACCAAGGAUUGCUUGGACUUUUAUCAUAAAUAAUUCUACCAUAAGAUGUGGUGUAAGAGGACAUUUGCUAUUGAUUGAAUAGGCAUGAUAUUGUGUCAGAUUGACAUAAUACAGGGCAGUCAGUGUAAAGCUUGACAAAACUAAAGUCAGGGUUUUAAAAGUGAGUGCCUAUUGAAUUGUGUGAGAUCACUUUGAGAUCACUAUAGUUAAGUCCUACAGCCCAAGUGUAUUAAAUGUUUGUGACAUCGCCUUUAAUGAAGUAAUGCACAUGACAGUGUUUUUGUCUUUGAAGUUGAAAGAGAAAGCCUAAAGUUUUUCAACAAGUUCUUGAAACUCAGAUUUUCUGUUCUUGCAAAUUACAUGUGGAGUUCCUCAGGGCUCAUUUGUGGAUCCCAUUUAUUUUUAUUUUUGAAGGAAAUGGACCUCUUUUCAUAAUUUGGUUCUUAUCCUAACAAAUAGAAAAGUGUAUUUAAGUGUCGUAUUUUUGGUAAGAUUUUUUUAUUUUUUAUUUACUGGGUUCUUUUGUUUUUGUGUGCUGGUGUAUAGUAUCACUAAGCACAUUGAUAGUUGUGAUUCACAUGAUGUUUUAUUUCAUUAUAUCUCAGACUGUGUGUGAUAAAAACUGACAGGGGCAGAAGGGAGGGGGAGCGCAGAAAUGGGUGGAAAUGAAAAGCAGGGAGGUCACAUACAUUACCUUAGUAUAACCCGGAUACUCCCAAAGAGCUUUUAACACAAUACUGUUCUGACCCUUUGGCUAAAUAUCCCCCACCUCUUCAACCUCUCUCGUGACCUCUCUUUUUUUCUCUCUGUACUACUGUCUCUUUCUGGCUCUUCCUCCUUUUCUCCCUCUGUGUGACCUGACCUCCCACUCUCUCUCUCUCUCUCUCUCUCUCUCUCUCUCUCUCUCUCUCUCUCUCUCUCUCUCUCUGUGGUAUCCUUAACCUCUUCAUUAUCAAGUCAACCUCAUCUCUCAACCCCCAUCCCCUCCCCACACCUCCUCAUUCCCCUCAUCUGACGCCCCCCUGAGCCAGCUCUUAUCACAGUCUUUCUCUCCCAUUCUUUGUUUUCUAUCUUCACCUACUGAAUCUUGAUUGUGUCCAGUCCCUGCUUGAAACAGGAUGAGUGACUAAACCUUCAUUAGACCUAAAAUUUGUUCAUGGCAGCCUCCUGAGCUUCACCUCUGCAGGCGCUCUGCUGUGCCCUCGCUCCUUUGGUGGUGUUUCAGACAGUUUUUACAGGGAUUUUCCGACAGUGAAACAUUCAGUCUGUCAGACUGCUGGACAGUCAGUCACUUAGUUUGGCAAUCAGUCAGUCAAGUAACUACACAGCCGGUCAAUCAGCCAGAAAGACACCCAGUCCGUCAGCAAAUAUUGAUUAAUAGAAGUGUCCUGCUCCUUUUAACAAAUCAAAUGUUGAGUCUUAGCAGCCAACCUCAGUGCACACACACGCACACACACACACACACACACACACACACACACACACACACACACACACACACACAUGGAUACACACAUCCCUGACUCAGGAAAUGCAGCUCUCUAAAUUAACACUGACACACAUUUUAACACUUCACAAUGAGCUUCAACAGACGCAGACCAGUGAACACACUGUGUGUGUGUGUGUGUGUGUGUGUGUGUGUGUGUGUGUGUGUGUGUGUGUGUGUGUGUGUGUGUGUGUGUGUGUGUGUGUGUGUGUGUGUGUGUGUGUGUGAGGUGCUAUAGGAAUAUAAAAGCCCAGACUGGUGAUGUCACCCGGUGGCCCUCCAUAUUGAGUCUGGUGUUGCUAUAAAUCAGUAAAGAGCUUGUUGAGCUUAGGUGUGAGUGGUAAAUCAGUUGAUAAUCACACAACCAUCCCACAAACACAAGCGCACAUCAUUUUUGACUGUUUUCUGAUACAGUACAGUUGUGUUUCAUACUUUUGUUGAGGUUUUUGAUAUUCCCCCCUUCAUCCUUCCACCUGUUUGAUGAAACUCUCUGACCCUCUGUUAAAAAAAUCUGAUCUGGCUUGACAUAAAUGGGUAAACUUACUAAAACACAGACACACAAGUACACAUAGAGACUCACAAAAGUAAAAGCAGGUUUGCCCCCAUUCUGUCGGCCAUGGCUAGCUCACCUUGACAGUCACAACAUGCUGAGUGCCUUCUCGAAAACACACAAACAGAGGACACAAACAAACACACUGUAUUCACUCAGACACACAAAUAGAGCACAGUGUGCUUAAAUAAAAGCCACUACACAGGCAACAAAAAAAAAAAAAAAAAAAAACACAACAUAAUCUUACUAAGCUGACAAAAAUGUAUACAUAUAUUUAAUACAGUAGUACUUGCAGUUUAUAAGGAUUGUUUCAGUUGCCAUUACAAAACCACUAAAGCCCAGUUAUUCUUCUGAAAGGAGCACAUUUAGAAAGACAAAUAAUAAAUGUUCAUAGUGACAGCAAACAUUAAAAUACUUUGUUCUAUGCUGAUUCUAAAAAAGUACAUUAUUCACAGGUUUCUCUAAUGUUAAAUUUUGAAACAUCCUCAUGGAACAAUAUGCUGCGAAGAGGCUGACUUCACGCUUAGUAAUUUGGUUUAGUUCAAUGUCUCAAUCAGUUUUGACUCUUUGGUGCUCUCAAGAAGACAAAUUCUUAUGUUUCCAGUCCCUGCUGAUCAUUUUUAAACCCUGUUGGGCAUAUUUCAUUUCCAUUUCUUAUAUAUUUAUUUAAGGAGCUUUAUAACACAUUUUGGGGCUAGAUGUCUCAGUCUAAAGAAUGUGUGUUGCCUCUGUGUAUGUGUGGCAUGUUUGUUUUGGUUUUAUUGUCCACAGUUAUGCAUUAGAGACGUUUUAUUUUCCGCCGCACCACAACAACGGUUUCCUCUUGCAGCCCAUAUAAACAAACACAGCCCUGUUUGCAGAUGAAUACAAAUAUUGAUUAAAUCAAAUUAGGAAAAGAAUAUUUGAUAUCUGAGCUUUAUGUUUGGAUUAAGUUGGGCUUUCUUUAUUAGAUUAAGCCUCUGGGUAUUGGAGGCAUUUCAUCAAUAUGAGAAAACAGAGGAAGGAAAUCAUUUCCCCGUUUCUAUGCAUUGGUUUUCCUCUGUCUUAUUUACCUCACUUCUUCCACUAUUUGCUUUUUGUGUUUGUGUGAUUCUAGUCUUUCAGUAACAGGGGGAUCAGUUUAUAGAAUUCAGCUGAUGAGUAAUAAGAUCUGUCUUUUAGAGAUUUGGCAUAAAAGUCAGUUAACAAUAUGCAACACAAACUUUGUUCGUAAUAAUAAUUGUUAUAAAAGCUUGAGCAAAGAUAUCUUUCUCAUUACAAAAAAUGAAUGCAUAAACAUGACGUUUCAGCUGUGAAGCUUUGUCAAUGUUGCCUUGCAUUGGAAUGUGUCCAAUGAGUGCAUGUCUGCAUUACAUUUGAAGAGAAACUGGGAACUAUGAUAUCUCCGUCUGUCCUGUGUGCGAGAAUCUGUUUGGUUUACACUCACAAAAGCAUACCUGCAUAUUCAGUCUCUGAGGGCACGUUCAGUCUUUGUUGACUCUACUGUCUCUCCAAUGGUCCUGUGUUUGUAUUGUCAUCACCGUGUUGACAGUGUUUCCAUGACAAUGUGCCUAGGAUGACACCCAAACACCAGUGGCUGCAGGUGCCUGUUUAAAAACACAAACAUUCACACACACGCAUGCACGCACACACACACACUGACAUUACCUCUAUCAGGUAACACCUUACUGAUGACAGAUACCUUAUGCCUAGAGAGGUGAGCUAACCUGACACACAUCACAAAGAAAGACACACUCAUGCACACACAGCCUUCACACUUGGUUGCUGUCGCUGGUUACAUGUGUCACAGCAAAUCAGAGCCAAAUCUUGAACAGAAAAAAAAGAUGUCACUUUGAGAGGAGAGGGAGUGUAUGUGAAGUAGAGCUCAUAAAGAAAAAAAUAUUCUACAACUGAAGCCUUCCUAAUUGUAUUACUAACAUCUGAAUGAAAUGUAUGUUUAUGAAGAAUUAUACUGAUUUUAAAAGUGGUGUCUGAUGAAAAUCAGUUGUUUUAAUGACGAGCCUCUCAGUGAAAGUAAUUUAAUAGUUCUUGAGAAAUAAAUCCAUGAAAGUCAUACAUUAGAUGUCCGUAAAAGUAGAAAAAAAAACACAAAUAUUGAAGUCAUGAGAUUUGUGCUCAGCAGCCCUUUGCUGUUUUUCUUAUUAGUUUGAUUACAUUAGCAAAUCAAAUUCAUUUGUCUAUCAGCCUUUGAGACACAGCCUGCAAUCUGAGCACACUGACUAAUCUGCAUCAAAUAAAGUCUUCCACACACACACACACACACACACAAGAAGCACACACAUCAGAGGGAAGCUGCAUACGUAAGCAUGCACAUAAGUGUGCAUGCAAAAAGACGUUCAUCAUAAACACACCUAAGAAAAUAGGUAUACUCUUAACACAUACACCAGACUCUAUAGCACUUGUGCACAUUGCAAGUGUACAAAUGCACACACACACACACACACACAGACGUGCACAGUUUUAUAAUAUGUGACAUCAGAUGAGCAGUAACAAAUAAAUCAGCAAACCAUCUGAGCCCAUCAUCAUCGAAGUCAUCACUAGCAAACAGUCAGCUUUUACCACUUUCAAUUUGCUUUUGUCUUUUUGUGUGUGAGUGUGUAAGUGUGUGUGUGUGUGUGUGUGUGUGUGUGUGUAUGUGUGUGCGGUGCAUGCUUGGGACGGAGAGAGAGAGUGAGAGACCUAGACAUGGAGAGAGCGAGAGAGAUGAUGUGAUGUGAUAUGAUAUGAUAUGCUGGCGGGGCAUAAAGAUAGAUGAUCAUAAUUACGCACAGGCCAAACUCCAUUUCAAAUCAUCAUCAUCCUAUUCUAUCUGUUGGAGCACACAUGUACACACACACACGCGCGCGCGCACACAUACACAGACUCACACACAGGCCCACCAAAAGCAAUAUAUAGAGUUCGCACACAUGCAGGGAUUCACUGACACACACCCACACCCACAUAUCACACACCUAUGCAUGCAGCAAAUCUAGUGGAAGGAGGGACAGGCUUGUCAUGGCAUCACAUUAUUUCUGUCGGUUCAUGCAAAGUUCACAGACGGUUAUGAAAUGGUUAUUCUCUCACUUUCUCUCUCUCUCCACACCUCUUUCCUGAUAAUUCUUCACAUCUAUCCACCUUUACUCACUCUUUCUGUCCUUAUCUCUCUCUUUCUCCCCUUUUUGUAUCUUUCCUCUUAUUUUCCAGGCUGUUCUCUCCCCUCCAACAAUCACCUCUUCACUUCUUCCUUCUUCUCCCUCUCUCAUCUCUGCCAUUUCUCAUGUCCCAAUCUCCCCCCUCUCCUUUCCUUCCUCUUUCUGUUUCCUCUUCUACCUUUCUCCUUUUUUCCUACCUCCCUCGGUCUCUCUCUCCGAUCCUCCAUCUAUCGUUCUUAAAUAACAGUGUGAAGGAUUCAUCCUUUCCAUCAGGGAAUAAGCAGUUGGGAAAAUAGGAUUGGAGCGUGCCUGUCAGCAGCUGGGUACGACUUAUGGUCCGUGCACACAGCUCACACAGAGGCAAAUUAUAUAUAUACAUUAUAUGGAUAUAAACACACAAAGGCAGGAACAUCUCAGGAAAAGAAGAAAAACAUGUUGAUAGGCAGCUAUUCAGCAAAGGGCCAACCCUUUAUCUGGGCAGGGCAUGAUAGUGAUUAAAGGCAGCAGCUACAAACUGUGUCUCAAGGAAAAUAGAUAUAUGUCCAAUUGAUUGUAGCAGUAGAUGAGCAAGUUUGUUUUUAGGGUUUUUUUACUUUUUAGAGUACUGUCUUUCAGCAACUAUUUAUCCAAUCCAAUCCAAUCCAUUCCAGGUUUAUUCAUUAAGCACAUUUAAAAACAAUAAAACACUGACCGAAGUGCUGUACAGUAAAAAUUAAAAACAAUAAAAAUAGAUAAUUAACACGAACAAGGAACACAUUAAAAAACAGGGGGACAUAAAUGGUUCAGUAAAAACAUGAUUAAAAGGCCAAGUUCUCAGGAGUUAAAAGCCAGGGAGUAAAAGUGCGUUUAGAGUGUGUCAAGCAGUUUCUGAAACUAUAAAUACACGUGAAAAUCAGCUCAAAGUUGUGUGUGAAAGCAGACAUUUUUGGACUUACUGGCUGUAUAAGGUUGAUGAAGUCAAAUCUACUUAAGCUAAAAAUCACUUCAAGUCUAGCAAAACAUUUUUUUGCAUUUUAAGAGUCUUAAUGACUGCAUUUUCCAUUACAUAGAGCUCAAACAAAGUAGGUGUUGAUGUAAUGCACAGGUACAUUUAAACUGUAGACAUUGGGACAAAUUUUGUGGAUUGUUGGGACAAAAAAAUACUCUUUAUUUUUAGGUAUGAGUAUGAAAAUGUAAUAAUAAUAACGCAUCAGAUUUCAUAAAGCGCUUUAUCAGAGACCCUUAAAACGGACCCACUCACACAGUCACACCUUGAUGGUGGUAAACUACCUUAGUAGUCACAGCUGCCCUGGGGCAGACUGAUGGAAACAUGGCCGCCAGUUUGCGCCUACGGUCUCUCCAACCACCACCACACAACACUCACAAUCAUACACCAGUGGAGGACACACACUGGGAGCUAGGUGUGUUAAAUGUCUUGGGGGGAAUCAAACUGCCAACCUUCUGGUUAUUGGACGACCGCUCUACCUCCUGAGCUAAAACUGUAAAUUUUUUAACCAAUACUCUCAGAUGUAAGGGAGUCAGUAAGUCUUAAAUAUAGCAGACAUCUUUACAUACCCUGUGAGUUCAUUUAACAUGUCAUUCUAAUCAUGCCAAUAGUUUUGCAUUUCCUCCUUUCUUUUGUCGCUUCACUUGUCUCACCGUAUGUGUUCAGUUUUCACAGACCCUGCAUUAAAAAGUGCGCAUGUGUUUGUACUCAACACUUCAUCCUUAUAUGAGUGUGUCAUUCCCCACCUGCUAUUGGGUGAAGGACCAUGUCUGUGGUCUCUGUGGUUCACUGUUCAAGUACUCACUCAACACACACACACACGCACGCGGCACACAGCGGUAAUAUUGUGUGUAUUUUUGUGUCUAUUUAAUCUUGAUGGGAUGUUUCAUCUGCAGGCUGCUAUCACAGCUGGCUGCCUUAUUGUCUGGGUCAGACUGAUGGGUAUGUGUGCGAGUGUGUGCUUGUGAUCCAGUAUGUGUGUGUUUGCCUGCUAGUAUUUUGAUUUCUCUAUUAGCCUGUAAACAUAUGUAUUAUUACCACAACUGUUUAUUUGACUGUACAAGAGUAGACAUGUUUGAAUCUUUUACAUCUAAACAAUAUUUACUUCUUUGAGCAACACAUGCAUAAUCAGGUGCAUAUCAUGAAUGUGUGUGUGUGUGUGUGUGUGCUGUCUAUCAAGCCACACACACAGCCGUACCAAACCAUUGGCUUGGUUGCUGAUGAUGACAUAUGAGUUCCUGGCCUUGGUAAUGGCUGUUAAAUCUCAUAAUUACACGCUUCUUUAUUGCAAUGCAUAAUGACCCUGCAGCACUAUUGGACAAUUAAUUAAGAUUUUCAGCCCAGGCUUUUUCAGGCUCAGAUGAGGAGGUGGAAUGAGGUCUAAUGUUCUUGUCUUCAAGCUAGGACAUUAAGGCAUGAUGCUGUAGCAGAGAAGGCUGUCUCUCUGUAGGCAUUCGUUUUCAUCUCUGUCUGUCUCCCAGUCUGUGCAUGUCCGUCUCCAGCUCUCCCCCUCCCUCGUUCUCUGUGUUCUGUUUCUCCUCAUUGCUCCACUGUUGAGCCCUUCCUCUCAAUACUUGUCCAGGAUGAUGAUAUUGGAGACCAUAUCUCUAAUCUGUGAAUGGUAAAUUAAUCCCUGCGGAGUUUGGGCAGUCCUCUCUCUAUGGAAAGCUACGGGGGAUUAGGAAGAUAGAAUCAACACAGCCU